CUUCGCUCGCAAUUCGCAAACGACCGACGUCUUGGUAGAGAUAUCGGGGAUGAUGACUUGAACUUCUGCUAACUGAAGCCGUGGAAGGCAACGAAACGUACUAUAAGAGACUAGUUAUAUUUUUUUCUCAUAUAAACAUUUUAUUAUUUACCGUGUUGUGAUUUUGUGUUUUGUGUAUUUUUCGAUUUUUUCGAUCUGUGAGAUUUUUGUGGUGACAAGAUGAAACAGCACCAGCAACAGACGUCUCAGGCUCAGCAGAGCCAGAGCCAGACCCAACAGAGUCAAUUUCAGCAAAGUCAACAGACAACACAGAGGGUAACCCGGACUCAACAGCACGUUACUCGACAAGUCACCGGUCACGUGACAGGAGGACAAAUGACCCAAGAGCAACUUCAGCAAAUUGGAUUUGGCCCCAACGCACAACCGCCGGUGUUCGAGAAAGUGUUUAGUAAUGCCCGCUUUGCCCAGGGUGGUGUGGCUACUUUCGAGGGCCGAGUAACAGGCAAACCACAGCCAACCGUUACUUGGACAAGAAACGGAGCCCCACUCCUAAGUUCCCAAAAACACAAACUAUCAUACAACGAAUCGACUGGAGAUAUCACUUUCCAGAUUCAUCAGAUUGGACCAGGAGAUGAAGGCGAAUACGUAUGCAACGCCAAAAACCAAUACGGCGCUGCUAUAUGUUCCGUUUACAUCUCCCCAGAGGGAAUGCAAAUUCCCCAACGACAGGGCUUUUCACAAUUUGAACAAAGCACUACUUAUUCCAAUGGCACUGUUAUCACUGAAGACUUUAAAAUUGAUACAUUCGAAUAUAGGCUAUUGAGGGAAGUGUCUUUCAGGGAGUCUAUUACGAGACGAUCGACUUAUGAAAAAGAUUCACAAAUAUCUACCACUGUAGAGCGAUCGCUCGGCCCUCCCGCACCACCGCAAGUUUCACAGAAACCUCGCAACUCCAAGUUGCUAGAAGGUUCUGAUGCUGUAUUUAGUGCGAAAUUAUCAGCAAAUCCUAGACCUAGAAUUACUUGGUUCAAGAACGGCCAACGAAUCACUGAAUCGCAAAAGUAUGAAACCACUUUCUCGAACAACCAGGCAACACUACGCGUUAAACAAACCGCCUCGAAUGACUCCGGCCAUUACACAAUGCUCGCUGAAAAUCCGCAAGGUUGUAUAGUGUCCUCCGCUUAUCUUGCAAUCGAACCUGUCACCACUCAAGAAGGACUACUUCACGAAUCUACAUUUAAACAGCAACAGACCGACGUAGAAACCGACACCGGCAAAACUUUAGCACCCAAUUUUGUUAGAGUAUGUGGCGACAGAGAUAUCACUGAAGGUAAAAUGACGCGCUUCGAUUGUCGUGUUACUGGUCGCCCCUAUCCUGAAGUUACUUGGUAUAUAAACGGCCGACAAGUCACAGACGACCAUAAUCACAAGAUUCUAGUUAAUGAGUCGGGAAAUCAUGCCCUCAUGAUCACAACUGUUAGUCGAAACGACUCCGGUGUUGUAACGUGCGUUGCUAGAAAUAAAACCGGAGAAACCUCCUUCCAGUGCAACUUGAACGUAAUUGAGAAAGAACAAGUAGUAGCACCUAAAUUUGUAGAAAGAUUUACUACCGUUAACGUCGCAGAAGGUGAACCUGUGGUAUUGCAUGCAAGAGCAGUCGGCACCCCAACGCCACGAAUCACUUGGCAGAAGGACGGCGUACCUCUCGUUACUAGCCCCGAUGUUCGCAUUGCGAUUGACGGUGGAGCCUCUACCUUAGACAUACCGAGAGCUAAAGCAUCAGAUGCAGCAUGGUAUCAAUGCACUGCCCAAAAUGUGGCCGGCUCCACCGCUACUCGCGCAAGAUUAUUUGUUCAAACACCUCAAGGUCCACCACCAGAACCAAGACGCCUUCACCUACCUCGACCUACGAAAGUCAUCGAACCUGAACCCGAACCUGGCCCAGAAGUUAUUUACCUUCGUCAUGUUGAACGAGCUCGACCCUAUGUGGCUCCUGGUGAGGAAGAUCGUAUUUAUCCACCACCACAAUUUAUCAUCCCCUUGAGAGAUGCUAUUCAAUUUGAAGGAGGAAAAGUCCACUUCGAGGCUAGGAUUGAACCAGUUGGCGACCCAUCCAUGGUUGUAGAAUGGUUCUUGAACGGAAAACCUAUUGCAGCAAGCUCCAGAGCAACAUCAAUCUUCCGCUUUGGGUUUAUUGCAUUAGAUCUUAUCAGUCUCGUGUUGAACGACAGCGGGGAAUACGUUUGUCGUGUCUCCAGUGCAACAGGAUGUGUUGAAUCACGAGCAGUGCUUACAGUCAACCAAAGAGAAUCAAUAGAACAAUCAAGCCAACAUCCUGAUAGUUUACAGUAUAUUCAACAGCUAGAAGAUUAUUCCAAAUAUCAAAGAACAGACAGUUUAGAAGAAAAAACAAAUCAGAAACCUCAUUUCAUCCGUCCACUCCAAGAUCUUGGAGAACUACAAGAAGGUAGAAAUGCUCACUUCGAAGCACAACUUACCCCAGUGAGUGACCCAACGAUGAAAGUGGAGUGGUACAAAGAUGGUCGACCAAUUACCGCCAGUUCACGAAUCACGACAAUCUUCAACUUCGGCUACGUCUCUCUCAACAUAAUGCACCUACGGGCCGAAGAUGCAGGAUCGUACACUGUGCGGGCUGUUAACCAUUUAGGAGAAGCUAUAAGCACUGCUAGUAUUCAAGUCCUUGUUCGUUCUACCGUCACUGGUGACUUAGGUAUUCCCGAACAACAAAAAUACAUUGAGAAAGUAGAACAACUCGAGGCAUAUCAGCAACAACAACAUCAAAAAUAUGUCUUAGAAUCACCAGAAAGUUCACAACCACCAGAAUUUAAAACGCCAAUAAAGGAUCAGAAUGAAAUACGAGAAGGUGGUUUUGCUCAUUUUGAAGCCCGUUUAGAACCUGUGGGUGAUUCAACGCUCAAAGUGGAAUGGCUCAAAGAUGGCCGUCCAGUAGAAGCCAGCUCCAGAAUCACCAGCUUUUUCAAUUUUGGAUACGUUGCUUUAACAAUUAAAGAAGUAACGAUCCAUGAUGUAGGCCAUUACACAUGCCGCGCGUACAACGCAUUGGGACAAGCAACAACAACAGCCCAAUUGAGUGUUGUUAGUAAGAAAGACAUCAUUUUUGAUUCACAACAUCCAGGAGGAUUAGAAAAAAUACAACAUCUUGAAGACUCCAGCCGUUAUAGCCGCACUUCGAAGGAGGAAGUCGCUGUAACACAAAAACCAAAGUUUUUGGGACCACUUAAAGGCACAAACAAGAUUGUAGAAGGACAACGUGCCCAUUUCGAAGCUCGCGUUGAACCUCAAAGUGACAUGACGCUGAAAAUCGAAUGGUAUUUUAAUGGUAAACCUAUCCAAUCAGCAAACAGAAUUCAAACGUAUCACGACUUUGGGUAUGUCGCUCUCGACAUCUUAAGUGUGCGUGAAGAGGACGCUGGCACUUACACGGUAGUUGCCAGAAAUGCCCUAGGGGAAGCGCAAGUUUCAGCUAGCAUGGUGAUUGAAACCCGUGCUAGUAUAGACACUAGGAGCAUGCACAGAGGCGCUUAUGACAAAACCAAACAUUUGGAAGAAUCGAAAUUUGUAGAACCACAAUAUCACAUUGAAGAACUGUGCAAGUCCAAGCCUAUUUUCGUAGUGCCACUCUCGGAUCCUCAACCUGUUUCUGAGGGAAGAAACAUACACUUAGAAUGCCGUUUAGAACCUAUGGGAGAUCCAACUAUGAGAGUCGAAUGGUUCUACAACGGCAGACCCGUAACUGUAGGCUCAAGAUUCAGAACGUACAAUGACUUUGGAUUUGUAGCCUUAGAUAUCAUUCAUGCAACAGCUGUAGACUCUGGUGAAUACACAGUGCGUGCUGUCAAUCAGCUUGGAUCAGCUCACACAUCUGCUUGUGUAAGAGUUAUUGGCAGAUCUGACAUUAUUACCGAUACCCAACACGAACAAUCGCUUGAACAAAUCCAACAGCUUGAAGAUUCUUCGCGUUAUCGCAAACAUGUAACGGAAGACGUAACUGUACUUCAAGCUCCUCAAUUUACUCGUUCCCUCCAUAAUAUCGAAACGGUUGAGGGUACGAACGUUCACAUGGAAUGCCGCCUUCAACCUGUUGGCGAUUCGACCAUGAAAGUAGAAUGGUUUGUAAAUGGCGUACCGGUCAAAACCGGUCAUCGUUUCCGACCGGCCUAUGAUUUUGACUAUGUGGCUUUAGAUUUACUAAGCGUAUACCCUGUCGAUUCUGGUAUUUAUACCUGCCAGGCGAGAAAUCAAUUAGGGGAAGCAGUUACAUCAUGCUCCGUAAAAGUAAUAGCUAAGAAAGAUCUGCUUUUCGACACCCAACAUCCAGCUGGACUGGAAAAGAUUCAGUACCUCGAAGAUUCUUCCAGAUACAAGCGCACUGAAUUUGUUGAUGAACAAGUAACUGUAAAACCAACAUUCGUAACAAAACCAAAGAAUUUGGAAAACAUGACGGAAGGAAAGCAUGCCCAUUUCGAAUGUAAAAUUGAACCUGUAACUGAUCCAAAUCUAAAAGUAGAAUGGUACAAAAACGGAAGACCGGUAACAGUCGGACAUAGAUUCCGACCAAUCCAUGAUUUUGGUUAUGUAGCUCUGGAUAUAGUCGACUUAAUUGCCGAAGAUUCGGGAACAUACACCUGUCGCGCUACCAACCUUAUUGGAUCUGACGAAGUAACAUGUGCUUUAAAAUGCAGACAAUCUGGUCAAAUUAUCACUAGUACUCAAAACGAAACCGGUCUUCAGCAAAUCCAACACUUAGAAGAUCGUUCACGCUAUCAAAGAACCGAACAAGUUGAAGAAAUAACCACUCAGGCACCAAUUUUCACAACAUCCUUAAAAAAUAUCGACAUUAAAGAAGGUCAAAGGGCUCAUUUUGAGUGUAGAUUGAUUCCAGUAUCGGACGUGACCAUGAAAGUCGAAUGGUUCCACAACGGACAGCCUCUCAAAUCUGGAUCAAGAUUUACAGAAACCAACAAUUUCGGCUUUGUAGCACUUGACAUUUUAUACACCUAUCCAGAAGAUGCCGGUACAUAUACCUGUAGAGCUACAAACAUACUAGGUGAAGCAGUAACAUCGGCUGUAUGCAAUGUACAGUCCAAGAAAUCUAUUUAUCUUGAAUCCGUACAUGAAGGGGCCCUAGAACGUAUAACUGAAUUGGAAGAUUCUUCCCGUUAUCAAAGAAAGACUGUCCAAGAGGAAACUAUUAGCCAAGCUCCAUGUUUCACAAUGCCUAUCAAAGAUUUGAAAGUUGCGGAAAAUCAAGCUGCUCACUUUGAGGCAAGACUAAUUCCUGUAGGAGAUUCUCGUUUAAAAGUAGAAUGGUUACGAAACGGUGUACCAAUUCAAGCCUCCAACAGACUUACGACCAUGCACGACUUUGGAUAUGUAGCCCUAAACAUGAAAUACGUAAAUCCGGAGGAUUCUGGUAGCUAUACAUGCCGUGCCGUUAAUGACUUAGGAGAAGCUGUAACUUCAGCUACAUUAUUCGUUCAAUCCAAAGCUUCCCUACAACUGGAAUCACAACAUGAAGGUGCUCUACAAAAACUUCGUCAAUUAGAAGACUCUAGCAAAUAUCAAAGACAAGAAGAACAGGAAACUAUAAUCACUCAAGCUCCAAUAUUUACAACCAAACUAAAUGGACCUACAGAACUCGUAGAAGGUCAAAGCGCGCACUACGAAUGCCGCAUUGAACCUUAUCCAGAUUCCAGCCUUAAAGUAGAAUGGUUCCACAAUGGAAAGCCAUUAACCACAGGUCACAGAUUCAGAACUGCAUAUGACUUUGGAUUUGCCAGCUUAGAUGUGCUUACCGUUUAUGCAGAAGACUCUGGAGAAUACACCUGCAGAGCAACAAAUCGCAUAGGACAGGCAACAUCUUCCGUGGUAACCAACGUAAAAUCAAAAUCUUCAAUUAUUCGCGAAACUCAACAUGAAGGAGCCCUUGAAAAGAUUCAACAUUUAGAAGAUGAAUCACGAUACAAGCGUGUUUCACAUGAAGACGCAAUUACACUCGAGAAGCCUCAAUUCGGACGCGGUCUGAAAACUAUUGAAAAUUUAGCAGAAGGCGCUAGCGCUCACUUAGAAGCAACACUCACACCAGUCAACGACCCAACAAUGAAAGUAGAAUGGUUCUGCAACGGCAGACCGAUUCAAACCGGUCACAGAUUUAAGACAACCUACGACUUUGGAUAUGUGGCUUUAGACAUCCUUUAUGCAUACGCCGAAGACUCUGGAACAUAUAUGUGCAGAGCAAGGAAUGCUGUUGGUGAAGCAGUCACAACUGCGGCUGUGUCUGUCGUUUCUAAAUCUGGCCUUUAUCUUGAAACACUAGACGAACAACGUUUGAGUAAAAUAAAACAACUAGAAAGUUAUGAACGCCCCAAAAAGGAAGAGAUUGAACCUCAACCGCAAAGACCAGUUUUCCUUACGCCGCUAACAAGCUUAGACAAUCUGAAAGAAGGAGAACAUGCGCAUUUGGAAUGUAGAGUCGAACCUAUCAAUGACGCCAAUCUAAGAAUCGAAUGGUAUGUCAAUGGAGUUAAACUUAAGACAGGCCACAGAUUUAGAACCACUCAUGACUUUGGAUAUGUUGCUCUUGAUAUCCUAUAUGCAUGGCCAGAAGAUAGUGGAACGUACAUGUGUAAAGCCAUUAAUCUCGUUGGUGAAGCCGUUAACACCUGCACUAUUAAAGUAGGUGGAAGGAAGAGCAUAUUAUUAGAUACUCAUCAUCCAGAAGGCCUUGAAAAAAUCAGAGAAUUGGAAGCACAGGGACAUCCUGCUCGUUUAGAAAUUGAGGAACCUACUCCAACUCCUCCUAUAUUUGUCACGGAAUUACGUGGCACUACUGAAAUUUAUGAAGGCCAAACGGCUCACUUUGAAGCUCAAAUUCAACCUAUUCAUGACCCUAAUCUAAGAAUCGAAUUCUAUCACAAUAGCAAACCACUUCCAUCAGGUAAUAGGUUCCACAUUACAUUUGACUUUGGAUACGUAGCUCUAGAUAUUGGACAUGCAGUUCCUGAAGAUGCCGGGGAAUAUUCAGUCAAAGCCAUUAACAAUCUUGGACAAUGCGUAUCCUCCAUUAAUCUUAGAGUAAUUGCCAAGAGCAAUAUUAUCCUUGAAUCUCAAAGACCUGAAGGUUUAGAGAAAAUAAGACAAUUAGAGGAGCAACAACCCUACAAACGUCCGGAACACGAAGAACCUGUAACAAGACAGCGGCCUGUAUUUACACAACCCCUCCAGAAUAUUGACUUUAUCCACGAAGGGCAAACUGCUCACUUUGAAUGCCGCCUUAUUCCUGUAGGUGAUCCAACCCUAAAAGUAGAAUGGUUUAGGAAUGAAAAGCCACUAGAAGACAGCUCACGUAUAAAGAAAGUACAUGACUUUGGAUUUGUUUCUUUAGAUAUUUCCCAUGUCAGGGAUGAAGACGAAGGUGUAUAUAUUUGCAGAGCAACUAAUCCACUUGGAGAAGCUGUCACGACUGCAUCUAUGAAAAUUAGAACCAAAGCCAGCAUCCAGUUGGAAACACAGCAUCCAGAGGCUCAACGUAAAAUUGCCCAGCUCGAACAACCUCAAGCACCUAGACCAGAAGAACCUGAUAGAGAAUUUGAAAAACCCAUAUUUACUCAAUUACUUACUGGUCCCACAGAGCUCUGGGAAGGACAACAUGCCCAUUUUGAAGCUAGGGUUGUCCCAGUUGGUGAUCCCAACUUAAGAUUUGAAUGGUACGUCAAUGGUGUUGAACUGAAUCUUGGAUCUAGAUUCAAAGUUACCAAUGACUUCGGAUUCGUAACUCUCGACAUUAUGUCCACUGUAACCGAAGAUUCAGGAGUGUACAUGUGUAAAGCCAUCAACAAAGCUGGAGAAGCUGUGUCAUCUAUAUCAAUGAAAGUAAAACCAAGAUCCCAUAUCGUAGGUGAACCAUUGCAACCCGAUGCCUGGCAAAAGAUCCAGCUGAAGGAAGCUGAAAUGAACAAAGUACCUGAAAUGUUUGUUGAUACUACACCUCAACAGCCUCCGGUAUUCACGACACAUCUCAAGAGUUACGAUAACUUGAUUGAAGGGCAACAUGUAUAUUUAGAAGCGCAAGUGGAACCUAGAGCUGAUCCGAACUUACGUAUUGAGUGGUUUAAGAACGGAGUAUCACUGGCUACUGGAACUCGUCUACGUAGCACAUUUGACUUUGGGUUGGUCACUUUGUCCAUUAAUGGUCUUAGGGACGACGAUUCAGCUAUUUACACAUGCAAAGCUACUAAUAAAUUAGGUGAAGCUAUUUCAACAUGCUCUCUUAAAAUCGAAGACCGUCACUGGCUUCUUGGUCAAACACUUCACCCAGAUGCUAUUCCGAAGUUAGAAGCUUUAGAAAGACCACCCGAAGUUCGUCCUGAAGCUCCAGAGCCAACUUAUGAGCUUCCUAUGUUUAUAUCCCAUCUUAACAACGUCGAAUGUUUAGAAGGAGAUAAUGUACACUUUGAAUGUAAUGUUGAACCUUCCAAAGAUCCCACUAUGAAAAUAGAAUGGUUCGUUAAUGGCAAACAAUUGCAAAGCGGAGCUAAAUUUAAGUCAACUUACGACUUUGGUUAUGUUGCUCUUGACAUUACUCAUUCGUAUGAAGAAGAUUCCGGAGUAUACACCUGCAAAGCCACCAACAGCAAAGGCUCUGCCACAACAUCUGGUUCCUUGCGUUGUAUUGCUAAGCAAAACAUUUACCUGGACACCCAACAUCCCCAGGGAAAAGCUGGCCUCGAGAAAGUUCAAGAAGUUGAGGAAGCUGCAGCAGCGAAAUACAGACGACAAACUUCAGCACCUGAAAAAGAUUAUCCUAAACCUAUUUGGGUUAUACCACUUAAUCCAGAAUUUAGAUUAAUAGAGGGGCAACCUUUACAUUUAGAAGGCACUGUAGAACCAAAAGAAGAUCCGAACUUAAAAAUAGAAUGGUUCUUUAACGGCAAGUCGCUCGACCACGGAACUAGAUUUAAACUAGCAAAUGAUUUCGGUUUCGUAACUCUUGAUUUAACUGAUGUAUAUGAAAGAGAUCAAGGUAUAUACACCUGCAAAGCAUCUAAUAAGGCUGGUGAGGCAUUUACAUCUACAACUAUUUACUGCACUAGCAAAGCCAAUUUGAUUGAAAGAACUCAACAUCCUAAAGGACAAGAAGGACUUGAAAAGAUUCAAGAUCUCGAAGAUUCUCUAAACAGACCCGAAGUUCCGGUUGCCGAAUCAGAUGAGGGACACGCUCCAGUAUUUACAUCUGAAUUUACACAUUUGGUAAAUCUCAGCGAAGGCGAAAUUGCUCACUUCGAAGCUGGCCUGACACCUAUUGGUGAUCAAACUAUGACUGUUGAAUGGUUCUACAAUGGCAAGACAAUUGAGGCUUCUCACAGAUUUAGAACUGUACAUGCCUUUGGUAUGGUUGUUCUAGAAGUUCUUGGCACAAAGAUUGAAGACUCUGGCACCUAUACUUGUAAAGCUACAAACAAAUGGGGUGUAGCAGAACAAAGCGUUACCCUUGAAUGCGUCGAAAAAUCUUCUGGGCAAAAACCCAGAUUUACAACCCAGAUUCAAGAUAUCGUUGGUCUCAAAGAUGGGCAAUCUGCUCAUUUUGAAUGUACAUUGGUACCUGUCAAUGAUCCCAAUCUUAAAGUAGAAUGGUACCACAACGGACAACACAUUCUACAAUCAUCUCGCAUCAAAACCGUAUCCGAUUUUGGAUUUGUUGUUAUGGAUAUUUCAUACAUCCAAAGUCACGACUCUGGAGAAUAUGUUUGCAGAGCAUACAAUAAGUAUGGCGAAGAUUUUACAAAGGCAACCAUUUCAGCUCAUGGAAAGGGAGGCGUAUUUAGUGAAAGUUUGCAACCAGAAUCUCUUGCUAAAAUUAGGGAACUUGAAAGCUUACAAGGACAGCAAGCCCAAACACCAACAACUCCCGUUACUGAGCCACCUAAAUUCAUUACCCAAAUUGAAGAUGUCACAAAACUUGUUGAAGGUCAAAGCGCCCACUUUGAGGCUCGCCUUACGCCUGUCACUGAUCCAGAUUUAGUCGUUGAGUGGUACUACAACGGCAAAAAGUUACCUCAUGGUCACAGAUACCGCACCUUCCAUGAUUUUGGUAUCGUAAUACUUGAUAUACUAUACUGUUACGAAGAAAACUCUGGAAUUUACGAAUGCAGAGCAUAUAAUAAGUACGGAGAAGAUUCUACAAAGGCUACCUUGAAAUGCGUCUCGAAGACUAAUUUAAUCCUGGACUCGCAACUGCCGCGGGGCAUGGAAGGUGGAUUGGAGAAAAUCCAAACCUUGGAAGAUUCUUUAAUCCGACAGAGAGACGAAAAAGAAGAAGUUGAAAAAGGAAGAGCACCUGUUUUUACAGUACCUUUAUCUAACAUUGACAGUCUGCGUGAAGGCGAAAAUGCUCAUUUCGAAGCAAGACUAAUUCCUACAGAUGAUUCGAAACUGAAAGUUGAAUGGUUCUGGAACGGAAAACCUUUAAGGACUGGAUCCAGAUUCCGCACAUUCUGCGACUUUGGAUUUGUCAUUCUAGAAAUUUCUCCAGUGUAUCCUGAAGAUUCUGGCGAAUACUCAUGCAGAGCAUUCAACGACUAUGGCGAGGCUGUUACAACUGCCUCUAUGAAAGUAUCAGGAAAGAGAAGUAUCAUUUUAGAAUCGCAAUUGCCCAAAGGCAUGGAAGGAACGAUAGAUAAAAUCGCUGAACUUGAAGGUUUAGGCGCUGCACCAUCCCAACCAACACCCGAAGACGAUACAGGAAGACCACCAGAAUUUAUAACUUCUCCUUCAGAUUUGACCUUAAAUGAAAAUGGCCUUGCUCACUUCGAAUGUAAACUUAUACCUGUGAACGAUCAAAGCAUGCGCGUGGAAUGGUUCCACAACGGCAAACCCCUUUGGGCUGGAUCUAGAAUUAAAACAAUUAAUGACUUUGGUUUUGUCAUCCUCGAGGUAUCCGGAGUAUACCAAAGAGACUCCGGACUAUACACAUGCAAAGCUACUAACCGUCAUGGUGAAGCGACUGUCUCCUGCCAAUUACAAGUCAGAGGCAGACAGGGCAUUAUUAUGGAACCACAGUUACCAUCUAACUUCCGAACUGGUACAGAAAGUAUCCAGAAACUUGAAGAACAGUUAUAUAAAAAGGAAGAAGUGUUGGCUGAAGAAGAAAAACCAAACCCACCAAGAUUUACUGUUGAAAUUAAAGACAAUAUCGAUAUCCCAGAAGGCAGUCCUAUUCAUUUCGACUGUCGUGUAGAACCUACUAACGAUUCAACAAUGAGGAUCGAUUGGUUCCAUAACGGCCGUCCUUUCGCGACAGGUUCAAGGGUUCAUCAAAUCAACGAUUUUGGAUUCAUAUCUCUUGAUAUUGACUACUCAUACAGUCGCGAUGCAGGCGAAUAUAUUUGCCGCGCCACAAAUAAGUGGGGAUCAGCCACCACCAAAGCUACCGUUACCUCUAAGACUAAACGUAACAUCGAUUUUGAUAGUCAGCUUCCAUCUGGUAUGACUGCUGAGAAAUUAAAGGAAUUAGAGAAAGGCCCUGUAUCUCAAGCCCCAGAAGAAGACAAAGUUUUCUCACCACCCAAAUUUAUUACUCAAAUUGAAUCAACCACUAUUGAAGAAUCUGAAUCAGUACACUUCGAAUGCAGAGUCGAACCAAAAGAUGAUCCGAAACUACGCAUCGAGUGGUACAGAAAUGGCAAACUUUUGCCUUCAGGACAUCGUUACAGAACUGUUUUUGAUUUAGGAUUUGUAUCUCUUGAUAUCUUAUAUGUUUAUGCUGAAGACUCUGGGGAAUACGUAUGUAGAGCCGUAAAUGAUCACGGCGAGGAUUUCACAAGGGCCAACGUUUCGUGCAAGAAACUUCCAAAUAUUAUCUUGCAAAACCAAAUACCCAAGGGUAUGAAGAGAUCAGAAGCCCUUAUGCAGAUGGAAGCGGCCAUUAAGAAAUACACCUCGGAGAUCUAUCUUACUGAGGAUGAUCUCUACGAUGUAGAUAAGAAACAACCACCUAGAUUCGUUACACAAAUUCAGGAUCAAACAGAACUAGUCGAAAUGCAAAGUUCUAAGUUUGAAUGCCAAUUGGCUCCUGUUGGAGAUCCUAACAUGAAAGUUGAGUGGUUCUUAAAUGGAAAACCUUUAUCACACAAAAAUAGAUUUACUCCAAUAUACGACUUUGGUUACGUUGCUAUGAAUUUCGGAUGGGUCUACCCAGAGGACAGCGGAGAAUAUUUAUGCCGCGCUACUAACUUAUACGGCAUGGAUGAAACUAGAGCUGUGAUUAAAACUGCUGGAAAACCCGGAAUAAUUUAUGAAUCUCAAUUGCCGAAGGGAAUGAAGAGCAUUGAGAGAAUACGUGAGAUGGAAGCCGCUUGGCAAGUUGUCCCUGAGGAGCCAGUGGAAGAAUCUAAACCGAGAUCGGCUCCAGCUUUUGUAAGCAAACCGGAACCAGUCAUAGUAGAAGAAGGUGAAUGGGCCAGAUUCUGCUGCCGCGUUACUGGCCACCCACGACCACGUGUUAUGUGGCUUAUCAACGGACAUACCGUAGUAAACGGCUCUCGUUACAAAUUAACUUACGAUGGAAUGUAUCACAUGGAUAUCCCAAAAACUCGCCAAUAUGACACUGGUAAAGUGGAAGUUAUUGCACGCAGUUCUGUUGGCGAAGCUGUUGCAGAAACAGAACUGAAAAUUGUUCCUAGGCACGACGAUUACAGAGGAGUUUUGAAGAACUCGCCGAGACCUUGGUAUGACCUCGAGCUGUCUCAAUAUCAAAAGGAGCGUUCCGAAUCUGAACUAGAACGAGUAUUUGAUGACCGGAAUACAACGCUCCGCGAAGACGGACUGCAAGUUACUGGAGUUCACGUUCAGCAAAGGGAAUUCAAGGAACCUGAAACGGAAUGGCAAAAGACAAUAAAAACUAGAAAAGGCGAAGAAUACUAUUCAAAGAUACAAGAACUCGAAAACGAACAAGUAUCCAAAGAGAUCAGGCUUCGAGAAUCGUCUCACCAGUUCACAAUCCCUGGUGAAAAAAUCGUCAGCAGUUCUUUGACAAGAGGAAUGGCGGAGCAAUACGAAGAAAACUUGGAAGAAAAACCAUUUGAAGUUGACCUAACUCCUAUACCCAAAUUACCAAAGGCGGAACCUCCAAAACCGAUACCACAUAAAGAUCAAAUCAGACUGAGAAAAACGGAUAAAAGCAAAGAAUUUAUCCAGGAAGAGGUUGAAAUUGAUUCAAAACGUGGAGCAUAUCCACCAGAACCUACAGAAUCGGGCGUUCACGGAAGAGAAAUUUAUGUUACUAAACAGAAACAGACUCAGAAGGAACAGAUAGGUGAUCUGGAAAUUACUCGAAACAUCACUGCUACAGAGACCACUGACGUCGAACACAAAGCCAAAACUAAAGAACGACUGGUUCAAGGUCAGUUGCUUCCCUCAAAUCCACCAUUCUUUACUAAGAAAAUCCAACCUUGCCGUGCUUUUGAAAACGAUUCAGCGAAGUUUGAAGUCGAAUUCGAUGGUGAUCCACUUCCCAAGAUUACUUGGUUCAGAGAAGAUUUCCCAAUUACCAGUUCACCAGAUUUAAAAGUAUAUACAUUUAGUACAAAAUCUAUCUUACAAAUCAGACAAGUAUUUAUGGAAGAUUCUGGCGUAUUUAGCGUCGUAGCAGAAAACCGAGGAGGCACUGCUAAGUGCAGUGCUAACUUGGUAGUACAGGAACGAAGGAGACAAGGAAGAGCAGGUGUCAUACCGCCUAGCUUCACAACCACAAUUCAAAGCACUAACACUAAUGUCGGUCAGCUAGUUAGAUUUGACGCUAAAAUUACUGGAACUAAACCAAUUGACGUUUACUGGCUUAAGAACGGCAAGAAAAUCACCUCAGAUAUCCGCUACAAGACACUAGAAGAAGAUGAACUUUACACACUGCUCAUAAUUGAAGUAGUACCUGAAGAUUCUGGAAAAUAUGAAUGUGUAGCCAUCAACAGUGGUGGUGAAGCGCGCUGUGAAGCUGAAUGCUCCGUAGUAGCUGCAAAAACGGCUCAGCAACCAUCAAAACCAACAACUCCCGGCGCAGAAAAAGCACCAACUGUCCUUGAACCGCUUAAAGAACAAUCAGUCAGAGAAGGUCAAGCAGUAGCUUUCAGAUGUAAAAUUUCAGCCAAACCAACUCCAACAAUUAAAUGGCAAAAGGCUGAUAAAGUGAUCAAACCGUCCAGGUACUUCCAGAUGACGAAGGAAGGAGACUUUUGUACAUUGAGAAUAUCCGAAGCAUUCCCUGAAGAUGAAGGUGUUUAUAAAUGCAUUGCCGAAAAUCCAGCGGGAACUAUUGCAACUCAAGCUAAACUGAAAGUUUUAGCGCCCGAAACACAAGAGGUAGCACCUUCACUAACUCCUAUGAGAGACGUCAUUGUACCUGAAGGAAGUCCUGGACAGUUCAAAACGACCAUUUCCGGAAAGCCCAAGCCGACCAUCCAAUGGUUGAGAGAAGGAUUCCUCAUUCCAGAAUCGCCCGAUUUCCAGAUGAUCCAAGAAGGCAACAAUGCCAUUUUGUUAAUAUCAACCACGUACGAAGAAGAUUCUGGAACAUUCAGCUGCAGAGCAACUUCAUCCGCUGGCCAAGUAGAACAAUCAGCGAAAUUGAUCGUUAAAAAACGUCCUGGGACAUUCCGAAAAACUUCAGCUGUAGAUAUAACAAGUAAAGAUGAAAAACAGACACACACAAAAACCCAGUUUGGUCCUGGACCAGGUGGGGUGGGCAAAACCACUUUAAAAGCUACACCUGGAUCAAAAGGUGGGCAACCCUUAGAAGAGAAUGAAUUACCCGUAGGUGAUGAAUCACUACCGUGGCGAAAAAUAGAUAAAACUAAGGUUCCCUUUGCUGUACAGAAACCUUUAGAUCGAGUACCAGAAGCUGCACAGGCUCAACCGUGGACAAAAGAACAAAUAAAAUUAAAAGAAACGCAUCGCGGUGGAAAAGACAUUACUAAAGAAACUCUGGAGGUUGAAUCAAAAUCAAAAGAUCAAAUGACAAAAUUGAUACAUACUGAAGAUAAAACUCUCUUACAAAUUGAUGAAAGAGAAUUGGUGGAUCAAACAAAAACAUCUCAAGUGAAAGAUUGGCGUAAGUCAAGAGGACCUCAAGUGGGUGUUCAAAAAUAUUCAGACACAGAAGAAACAUCGAUCUUAACAGUAGAUGAAAAAGAAAAGGUAAAAACAAAGACUGAUGAUUUAAAACCAAAAGACUGGCGUGUUAGAAAACAAUCAAAAGAUGAGACUGAAGACAUAAGUUUACUUAAAGUAUCAGAAAGAGAAGAAACGUCUCAAGUAAGAAGGAAGCCUGAACAGCAAAAUAUUCCCGUCGAAGCAGUACCAUGGAACCAACAGGAAAUAAUCCUUAAGAAAACACCUAGAGAACAAAAGGAAAUACCCAAAGAAAAACUAGAAGAGGUACCUCUCAAACCGACAGUUCCUGAAAAGGCAGUGGUAUCCAAACAAGAAGAAAAACAGUUUAAAGAUGUAACUGCAAGGGAUGAAAAGCGUGAAAAAAUUACGUCACUACGAGAAAUUGAGGAUAAACAUAUUAUUGAUGCUACAGAAGAUGUUAGUGAAAGUGUCCUAGAAACGAAGAUGUGGCCUAGAGGAAGGAAACCGGAAGAGCAGAAGACUGAAAUAUCGACAGACACUCCAAAACAAAAAGUAAUUCCCGCAGAAAAACAGGAAGAACCCAUCCCAUGGAACAAACAACAAAUUACCCUUAAACAAACUCAUAAGGCAAGACAAGACGUGGUGGAACAAUUGAAACCAGAGGAAAUUGAAACUCUGCCAGAGAAACAACCGCUGAAACAUGUAAAAGACGAGAAAAUUAUUGAUGUACAUGAGAAAGUAACACAGGUUUAUGAUGAGAAGUCUACAGUAGAAGAUAAAAAGGAAAUCAAGUUGGAAACAAAAUCGUGGAAGAGAGGGAAAAUUCCAAAAGAAGAAUCUGAAACAGUCCAAACCUCUACCGAAGAAGUUACAGAAAAGACAAAAGAAGAAGUGAAACCUAUUCUACCCAAACAAAAAAUUACUCCACUCGAAAAACAAGAAGAACCCGUUCCAUGGAACAAGCAACAAAUUACUCUUAAGAAAACACAAAAAGAGAAAAAGGAAGAUAAAAUUGUAACAGAAGAAAUUCAGUUGAAAGCAGUUCAACAACAGGAUAGAAUAACUAAAACAGAAGCUGCAACUGAAGUAGAGGUAAGAGAAGCAGGACCACAACCUUUACGACACUUAGAAGAUAAGUCAACAAUAGACAUUAAGGAAACCGAACAAAGCACAUUAAAAGAUGUGAAACAAGAAACAUUAGAGACAAAAGCUUGGAUAAGAGGAAAAAUUCCUGCUGAUGAUAACGUUCCCAAAGAAGAACAACCAGCAGAAAUCGGAGAAGAGCAACCUAAAACAGAUAAACCAAAACAUGUAAUUUUACCUGAAGAAAAGAAAGAGGAACCAAUUCCAUGGAACAAACAGAAAAUAACUCUUAAAAAGACAGAAAAAGAGAAAAUACAAGAGGUUAAAGAGAAAAUUGACGAGGUUGAAUUAAAACCUGCAAAACCAGAAGACAAGGACAAGGUAAUAGAAACUGGUAUUAAACCCGUACAAGAUUUAGAAGAUAAAUCCUUAAUAAAAAUUAAAGAAACUGAUAAGGUGGAAAUAAGAGAAAUUGGAAAAGAAGACAAGUCACAGGAUACUAAAUUAGAAGCAAAACAAUGGAGACGCGGAAAACUGCCUGUAGAUGAGAAAAAAGAUAAAGAUGAAAAGCCGGAAUUAGUAGAGGCGAUGCCAAAAGAAAUAGAGGAGGAGGAACUGAAGCCUCAAAAACCGAAACAAAAAAUUGUUCCUGUAGAAGAGAAGGAGGAAUCCGUUCCAUGGAACAAACAAAAUAUUACUCUUAAAAAGACAAUAAAAGAGAAAACGGCAGAAGUUAAAGAAAAAACUGAGGAAGUUCAGUUAAAACCUGUGAAACCAGAUGAUAAAGAAAUUCAAAAGAAAGAUACUACAGAAACCAUAAUUGAAGAAAUAGAAACUAAACUUCUAGUACAUGUGGAAGAUAAAUCUAUAAUCGAUCUCAAGAAAACUGAACAAACCGAAAAAACAGACCUUAGAGGAGACAAAACGUCUCAAGUUACUGAAGAAAAAUCUGUAAUAAGAGACUCAGUGUUGGAAACCAAGUUAGAAACAAAAUCCUGGAAAAGAGGGAAGGCAUCCGUAGAUGCGAAAACUACUGAGGAAUUAAAACCAGAAUUAAUAGAGGAAAUUCCAAAAGAAAUAAAACAAGAGGAAAUUAAACCACAACAUAAAAUUGCUCCUCUAGAAAAGAAGGAGGAACCCGUUCCAUGGAACAAACAAAAUAUUACUCUUAAAAAGAGAGUAAAAGAGGAAAUGGCAGAAGUUAGAGAAAAAAUUGAAGAAGUUCAACUAAAACCUGUAAAGCCAGAUGAUAAAGUAACUCAAAAGAAAGAGGUAACAGAAACUGGACUUGAAGAAACAGGAGUUAAACCACUACAACAUUUAGAAGAUAAAUCCAUAAUCGAUCUCAAAGAAAUCGAACAAAAGGAAAUAACAAACCUUAGGAGAGACGAAACGUCGCAAGUUGCUGAAGAAAAAUCUGUUAUAAAAGAUUCACUGUUGGAAACUAAACCAGAAACAAAAUCGUGGAAAAGAGGAAAAGUAUCCGUAGAUGAGAAAAUUACUGAGGAAGUAAAGCCAGAAUUAGUAGAGGAAAUUCCAAAAGAAAUAAAAGAAGAGGAAAUUAAACCACAAAAACCAAAACAGCAAAUAAUUCCGUUAGAAAAGAAAGAAGAGCCAGUCCCAUGGAACCAGCAGAAAAUCACUCUUAAAAAGACUGAAAAGGUUAAAAAAGAAGAAGUCAAAGAAAUCAUUGACGAGGUUCAACUAAAACCCAUAAAGCCAGAAGAUAAAAUAACUAAACCAGAUGCUACAAAAGAAAUUAAACCUGAAGAAUUAACCAAACCGUUAGAGCACGUUGCGGGAGAUGAAUCUUUAACGGAUGAAACCAAGCAAGAAAUAAAAUUAGAAGUUAAAUCCUGGCGAAGGGGUAAGCCAAAAGAUGAUGAAGAUAAAAUAUCCGAGAUAUUAGAAACUGCACCCUCUGAAAUACCAGAAAAGGAAACGCAGGAAGAAAUUAAACCGCAACUUCCGGUACCAAAGGCACCUGAGUCAGAGAAAAUAGAAGAAACAAUUCCAUGGAAUAAGCAACAAAUUACUCUCAAAAAAUCGCAAAGAGAAAAUAAAGAAGUUAAGGAAAACGUAGAAGAAAUUCACUUAAAACCAACAAAGCCUCAAGAAAGUAUAAUUAAAACUGAAGAGACAGAAACCAUUGAAAUACAAACUGAUAAAUCAAAAGUGCUUAAAGAAAAAACUGAUGUUACUGAAAAGUUACACAUAAAAGAUCAUAAAACACAAAAACCCAUCGAUGAAACAGAAACGCCUGUACAAUUCACUGAUGAUUCUUCAACAGAAAUCAAUCAAGAGGAAAAAUUAGACACACGAUCUUGGAGGAGAGGUAAGCAUUUGAAAAAGGAAGAUGUUAAAAAAGAAAAACAAGAUGUAGUUGAAGUGGCUCCAAGUGUAGAUGAAUCUCGUGUAGAGGAUAAAACGCAAGAAACACUAAAAACAAAAUCUUGGAAAAAAGGUAAGGUGCCUGAAGUUGAGAAACCAGAAGAAGAAAAACCUCAAGAGGUAGAUAAAACGGAAGAAACAAAGAUACAGGAAAAACCAGAGGACAUUCCAUGGAAUAAACAACCUAUUGUACUUAAGAAAACACAAAAAACAAAAAAGGAAGAAGUUAAAAGAGAGAUCGAAGAAGUUACAUUGAAACCUCUUACAACACAAUCUGAAACAAUCAUAACCGAGGAAACAAAGGAAUUAGAUAAAAUUGAAACAGAUACUCAAGCACCACUGAAGAUCACAGAAGACAAAACUGUAAUGGAUAUAAAAGAACAAGAACUCGAAGAACGUGACAUUAAAAAACAACCUGACUUAAAACCAGAAACCAAAUCCUGGAGAAGAGGAAAACAGCCCAAGAUAGAAGAACAAAAACAAGAAAAACCUGAAGUAAUAGAAGAUAUCACACCUGUAAAACCAGAGGAGACUCCUGUGUCCGAGGAACAUGAAAUUAAAAAACAGCCUGACUUAAAACCAGAAACAAAAUCCUGGAGAAGAGGUAAGGUCUCUGAAGUUGAGAAACCUGAAGAAGAAAAACCGGAAGUUCCAGAGGCAAUACUACCUAUAGAUAAACCUCAAGAAGUAGAUAAAAAGGAAACUACUGAUUUACAAAAAUCUAAAAUUUCUCCACGGGAAAAACCAGAGGAGGACAUUCCAUGGAAUAAACAACCUAUUGCACUUAAGAAAACACAAAAAAGCAAAAAAGAAGAAGUUAAAAAAGAGAUGGAAGAAGUUACGUUGAAACCUCUAACAACACAAGCUGAAACAAUCAUACCUCAGGAAAUGAAGGACUUGGAUAAAAUUGAAACGGAUAUACAAGCACCUCUCACAAUCACAGCAGAAAAAAUUGUUAUGGAUAUAAAAGAACAAGAACUCAAAGAACGUAAUAUUAAAAAACAACCUGACUUAAAACCAGAAACCAAAUCCUGGAGAAGAGGAAAACAGCCCAAGAUAGAAGAACAAAAAGAAGAAAAACCUGAAGUAAUAGAAGAUAUCACACCAGUAAAACCAGAGGACACUCCUGCGUCCGAGGAACAGUUACCAGAAGAAACGCUCACUCAAGAAAAACCAGAAAUUAAGGAAUGGAGAAAGAAGAAACCAGAACUAAAACCUUCUGAUACAGAACAUAUUAAAACAACUGAACAGGUUUCUCCUUGGACAGAAGAAACAGUAACUUUAAAACCAACUACUAAAACUAAACCAAGUUUAGAAAAAGAAGUUGAGAGCGUUACUCUUAAACCUUUAAAGAAGAAAGGAGAAGUUAUAGAAACUCAUUCCGACAUAUCCUCUGAAGACGAAAAACCACUAGAUAUUGACGAAUCUAAGAAAAAGUUGAAGAAGAAAAAGAAGCGUACUCGUCCUCAAAUUCCUCAAAGCGAACAAACAGAAUUUGAACAACCUAAAGAUGUAGAGAUAUCAGAAGAAGUACCAAGCAAAUUAGAUGAAGUUCCAGAAGCAGUUAUUGUAGAGACAAUAACAGAAGUAGAAGAUACAGUUGUCCUUAAAGUAGCUGAAGAAGAUAAAAAACCAAAAUCUAUAAAGAGAAUAGAAGAACCCGAUGUAACAUUAGAAACUAUAAAACUAAAACCUGUUCCAAAAGCCACCAAAGUGGAAGAAGAGGAAGAACUGGAAAAGAUUUCAUUGAAACCCGUACCGCAAAAAGAAAUUAUCGAAGUUGCGGAGACCAAAGAAAAGAAGAGAAGAGGAAAGAAACAAAAACCAGAAGAAUUACCUGAAAUUGAAGAUUCAGAUAAAUAUGUCCCUGAGAUCGCAGAAAAAAUAGAAAUUGAAGCAAAACCAAAAGAGGAAGAGGAAAAACCAUCUGUUCCAUGGCGACGAGAAAUAAAGACAAAAGAAGAAAAACCAGUAGAAGAAAAAACACCACUUAAAAUUGGAAAAGGUAAAUUACCAGAGGACCAGAAAGUUGAGGAGGAAGUUAAGCUGAAACCAGUUAAGAAAGAGAAAAAGCCUGAACAGGAUAUACCAGAACUAUCAAAACAUAUGAAAUUGCCUGAAGCCGAUGUCGAGCUGAAAGAAUACGAAAAACAAAAAAUUAAACCAUCUGACGUUAAGAAAGAUGACAUCGUCGAAGUUGAAAAAAUGGACAAAACAACCAUACCAGAAGAAAAGCUUGAACCUGAGGAAAUUACUCCUGAGGCGCCAGUACCUUGGCGGCGAACACCUAAAAAGAAGGAGGAUGAAGUACCCGAAAUUAAAGAAUGGCCUAAAGGCAAAAGGAAACCUGCACCUGAAGAAGAAAAGGAACAAAUUCAACUCAAACCAAUAUCUAAAGAAAAACCGGAAAAGCCUAUAUUUAAACCAGAAAUUGAAGACACAAAACAAGAUUUUGCAAGAGAAAUACCGGUUGACGAUUAUGAAGAUAAAAUUGGUAUAACACCUCUGAAAUCAGUUGAAAAGCCAGAUGAUGAUGAUGAAAAGAAGCGUACGCCUAAAAAAGCUAAACAAACCGAACAGCCAGAAAUUAGAGGAUGGAGAAGAGGUAAAGCUAAAGAAGAAAAACCUUUAGAUGCAGAAGAAACGCCAAUAAUUGCGGAAGAGAAGCCAGAAUUAAAACCCACUAAAAUCGAGGAUAUAGAAGAAGAACUCCAAGUCCCAGAAAUAGAAAAAUCUGAAACAGAAAUUAAACUAGCUAAAAAGAAAAAGAAACAAGAAAUACAAAAGAAAGUUGAAAAACCAUCUGAAGAAGAAGAAGUUCAAUUCCAAAAAGAAUUAGACGUACAAAUUUCCUCCAAAAAAGUUAAAACUGAACAAAGAAAAAUUGUAUCAUUUGAUGAUAGUCAACCUAUUCCAGAAUUAGAAAUUAUUUCACAGAAACGAACUACUGAAGUAUUAGAUAAAGUACCAGACGAAAACCUUACAGAAGAUGUAGAAGUUCAAGAAAAAACUGUGGUACAAAAAUCAGUAGUACAUAAAACUAUUGGUAAAAGAGCAAAGACAAAAACCAUUGCUCCAAGAUUUAUACAGAGGGUUGAGCCUGUAGUUGCAGAAAAGGGAAAACCUGCAAUCCUUACGUGCACGGUGGAAGGUACACCUUUCCCAGAUAUCACCUGGUAUAAAAAUGAAGCAGUAUUUCGUGCAAAUGAACGUGUUUUCGUUAAUAUCGUUGAAAAUACUGUCACAUUAGAAUUUUCCAAAGUUGAACCACAAGAUGUUGCAGUUUAUUCAUGCAAAGCAACCAAUCCGGCUGGUGUAGCUACAUCAACAGCUAAUCUUGUCAUUUUAGAAAAAGAAGAAUCUGGUAUUGCCCCACACUUUACACAACCUCUAAAACCCCAAAUCAUAGAAGAAACGUCAAAUGCUAUAUUGAGAUGCACAGUUACUGGCCAACCAACACCUAAAGUUAAAUGGUUUAAGGCAAAAGAAGAGAUUAUACCUAGUACCACCAAGAAGCUGAGCUACAAUCCCGAAACAGGAGUAGCCCAACUAGAAAUACUAGAACCAACUCCAGUAGAUGAAACUAUUUACACCGUAAAAGCCACUAACAAAUUUGGUCAGGCUGAGUGUCGAGCAAAUCUUGUUAUAUCAAAAUCUGUAACUGUUACUCAACCGGUGGUAAUGUAUGCUCCUAAAAUAUCAAAACCUCUCAAACCAAUAGCUGUUAAAGCAACCGAGGACAUUGUACUUGAAGCCGACUUUGAAGGAACACCGAAACCAACAGUCACAUGGUUGAAAAAUGGCCAACCUAUUAAACCUAGUAACGAUUAUGACAUAAAAGUAGAAGAAAGCAAAACAAUUUUGAAAAUCAAGAAAAGAGCCACUAAAAAGCAAAAAGAAGGUAAAUAUGAAGUACGCGUUGUUAACCCUAAAGGAGAAGCCCGUUCGUCGAGUACAGUUGUCAUAACUGAAGACACCACUGAAGCACAACCUCCUCAAUUUAUAGAACCAUUGAAACCACAUGUCGCAACCAUUGGAGAAGUUGUGAUUUUGGAAUCUGUGGUAGAAGCUAUCCCAGCUGCCACUUUUGAGUGGUUCCACGAAUCCACCCCAAUUGUUUCUUCUCCUGAGCGCAGAAUCGUCACAGAAAAUAAUAAAUCCACUUUAUUAAUUACCGAAAUAAAACCUGAAUUUGCCGGUUUAAUAACCUGUAGAGCAGAAAAUGCCGUCGGUUCGGUAACAUGUACUGCAUCGUUAAAUGUUAUCGAAGAAACUGAAUGGGAAGAUACUAAGGAAUUGGAAUAUCCCAGAUUUGUUAAACCGAUGUAUCCCGUUCGUGUAAUGGAUGGAGAAAAGGUCACAUUCAGUUGUGUUGUAACUGGAAAACCAAUACCAAAAGUUGAAUGGUAUCACAACGACUCCCUUGUCAAAGAAGCGAAGGACGUAAUCAUUUCCCAGGACACCCAAGGCGUUUGUACAUUAACAAUUUCAGAGGUAUUUCCUGAAAAUGCUGGGGAAUAUGUGUGCAGAGCUGUAAACAAAAUCGGGGAAGCUAUUUGCAAGUCACCCCUCAUAGUUGAAGCUUAUGAAUAUAACCCUGAUUCAGAAUUAAGUCACUUCACAGGUUCCGAAGAAGAUCUUUUAGCUGAAAAGACUGUUAGCGAAACUGACUUCCAAUCUGACAUUGAGACAGAAUGUGCGCCGAAGAUAGUGAAAAAGCUUCCACAAGUAGUUUCUACAAAAGAUGGAGAUGUUACUCGAUUGGAAGUACAAGCCUUAGGUAAGCCCAAACCGGAAGGUAAAUGGCUUAAAGCUGGAACGGAAAUAAUCCCAUCAAAUGAAUUUACCAUUGAAAAUUUGGACGACGGCACUUCCAUUUUAACAAUAAACGAAGCGUACCCAGAUGACUCUGGGGAAAUAGUAUUUGAGGCACAUAAUCCUCUGGGUGUGGCUGUUACCAGUACUGAAUUAGUAGUAGAAACUACAGAAGGUAUCGUAGGCACGAAAGAGUACAGGAAACCCGAAUGGGUAACACACAUGGAAGAACUAUCAGCAGCGUUAAAAGCUUCUCAAAGCGUUCCUACAUUUGUGCAAGAGAUUACCAACAUCCACACAACGGAAGCUGAGACAAUCAAAUUUGAGUGCUUGUUUUCUGGAACGCCUACCCCAGAUAUCAUAUGGUAUCACAACGACAAAAUUGUUCGUAACACCAAAAGAGUCAAAGUUCGAAUUGAAGAUAACAAAACCAGUGUGUCAAUAUCUGAAGUUAACACCGACGAUGUGGGAACCUACAUUUGUAAAGCUGUUAGCGACAUAGGAGUCGCUGUUACUAAAGCAGAACUACAUGUACAAGAAAUACCUGAAUAUAAGAAAGCAGAAAUCCUCUUGAAGAGAGCAAAACAAGAAGAGGAACGAAUUAAAAAAGAAAGGAUCAAAAUUGAAAAGAAGAAAUUGGAACGCAAGAAGCAGAGAACGACUGUCACAACCGAAGAGGAAAUCAAGCCUUUGGAUGUUACGGUAGUGCAAGCUAUAGAAACAACAUCCGAAAUUGUAGAAACUACAACAGACAAAGUAAAAGCUAAACCAAAACUGGAUAUACAAGAGCCCCUCAAAAUUGAAGCAGUUGCAACUUGCAAGAAAAUCGAUGAAUCACCGGAAGAAAAACCUGAAGAGAAAGCGAAGGAAAUAUUGUCGCCAAUGGAACCUACAUACUCCGAACAAAUUCUUCCUGAAGAAAUUCUUAAAGACAUUGAGAAAAUUAUUCCAAGAACCCGCAAAGCACAACCGUUCACCGAAAGUGGCGUGUCACAGUUUGCCGAUAUUACUGAAGUUAAAUUAGAACAAAUCAUCGAACGAUGUGAAAAAAUAAUUCGAAAGGGCGAAUUAAAGAUGGCAAAGGAAGUAACACAAACAUUGGAGUUAAUAAACGCGAAAGAUUUUGGGCCUGGUCAAAGUCCUCUCCGUGAAAUUGCUGAAAUAGGAUAUCUUGUUAAAAAUGGAAUUACCGUAAAGGAAAUUACAGUGCUCUAUGAUGAAAACAAAUUUCCAUCAUUAAAAUCCCCAGAAGCGCAGUCAGCUUUGGUAAACGUAGUAGAAAGAAAAGGUCACGGAGCUCUUAUAUCAGAAGUUCUUACGGAGGAAACUACGAUCGAUGAGAGUCAACUUGCGGCUACUGUUGGUUUCAGAGCAUUUAUGAAAAUGGUUGAAGCAAAUUACGUAACCAUUGAGGAAGUGAUCACUCACUUUACUCCAGAAGAUUUCAUAUCAAGGGCUUGGGAAUCGACAGAAACAACAGAGGUUACAACGAAAGGAGUAUCAGAAACAAUAACAUUAAUUAGAGAAGUUGAAAUAUUAAAGGAUUCCGGAAAACAUAUUAAGAAAGAAAUCAAAACUGUAGGAGAUAUAGAGGAAACCCUUGAGGUCGAAGAAGAAAUAGAACGAUCAGCAAAAGGUGAAUCUAGACUACCUAAGAAACAUUCAGUGGAAAUAACAGAUAUAACUGAAUUACCCGUUGAUGAACAAAAAACAGAACUUGAGUCCAAUGCUGAAAUUAAACGUAUAUCUAAAAUUAAAAGUGAUACUGAAAUAGAGAUCGAGGAAAUCGAAGAAGUGAGAAAGGGGAAAAAGAGGAAGAUAAAAAUAAUAAAAACUCCAAAACCGAAAACAGAUCAAUAUUUCCCUGAAGAAGUUGGUGAUGAAAUAUCUCCUUUAGAAGCGUCUCCACAGAAACAAUUUCCAUUAAAUACCUCUUCUGCUUUGUCAGAAACAACAGGUUUAACAGAAACAAUUCACAUGGACAAGUGGAUACCGCAAUCUACUGCAACUGUUGAUGUUAUUCCCCACAUAGCUUUAGUAGAAGAGCACACAAUGGUCCAAGAAAAUGAAAGAGAACAAGAGGAGAAAUCUUCUACGACUGCUGUAGCAAAUAAAACUGCCAAUGAGGUGUUAGCCCUAGAAGUCACGGAACACAAUGUGCAAAGUGCUCCCGAACAGUUUGAAGAUAAAUUUCAACCAGCUACAUCCACCGCUACAAAAAAUAUUUUACCAAAUAUUACGCCGCUCGUUGAAGAAACUACACCUUCAGAUAGUUCUUCAGUAUUAUUGGAAAAACAACUAAAUACAAAUACAGCGACAUUUUCUCUUUUACCACAAGAAGCAAAAAAUGUAUCUCAGAUUGAGGUUUCUAUUAAAGAAGAGGAACUUCCUCCAUUUGAAUUAACAAGUCAAAAACUACUUUCAGUACAAUCUCCUGGUACUUAUUCUGAAGCAGUGCAUAUUGGUCAAGUGGCUCAAAUAAAUGAAGAUGUUGAAAAAAUGACGGCAGAGAUAGAUGUUAUUCCACAUGCAGCAUUAAUCGAACAGCAUACUCAACCAGAAGAAAAAGAAGGUCCUCAUUCUAAAUCAGAAGCUGUUUCGUUCUCAGCUAGAAAGACAUUUGAUACUGUUGAAGCGUUUCAGAUAUCUGAGCAAAACGUUCAUAAUACUACAGGCCAGUUUGAGGAUGUUUUCCAUCCAAAUAUGUCGAAAGGGUCAAUGGAUAUUAUACCUAAUGAAAGUAUUUCAGUAGAAGAAAUUAAUUUAGGCGAUACUCCCUCAAAAUUAAUUAAACAACAAGAAGUAACUGAUACAGCUUCCAUCACACUACUACCUCAAGAAGCAAAAAAUGUUACAGAAAUUGAAGUUUCACAUAAGGAAUCUCUUAUGGACGAAUUUACUUUACCUAAAAGUGUUCAAGCUGUAGGAAACUUUUCUACUAAUGAAAGUAUCAAUGUUGAAGAAAUAUUGCAAGGAAUUUCAGAAAAAGAGUUGGAUACCACCGAAAAACCUAUAUCUGUAAAGCCAAAGUAUAAAAUAGAUUCAAAAGAGCCCAUAACCGUGGAAGAAGUUUUGCCUGAGAUUAAACCAGGCAAACAUUUGCCAGAGGCGUUCGUGGCUACCGAAAUAGCGACGAAAAAUAUUAUUCCGCAGAAGUCCAUUAAUCUCUUGGAAACAGUUGCACCAGAGUUAGAAGGUGAAUAUAUUCCUGGAAGAUUGCCACCCUCCCAAACUGCUAAUGUCGAAAUUAGAACUGAUAAAAGUUUAGUCAUAUCACAAACAGAUAUAUCCGAGAAAGAAGAUAUAUUCCAAAAAGCUUCUAGUCCUGAAAAGGCAGAGGCUCUAUCAGACAUUAUUCUGUCUGAAGGUAUAGCAAUUACUCUUGUCGAUUCCCAACAACCUCAGUCAGACAUCCAAGUAGAUGAACUUUCUAAACAAACAGCUAGCAUAGAUAUUUUACCAAACAUGUCAGUGGUUUCUGAAACCACGAUAGCUGCUGAAUCUGAGGACAAUUAUGAGCAGAAAGAAACAGCAUACAAGAACGCAGAUUCUAAUAUAACUUGCCUUGAAAUUAGUAGUAAAUCUAUACCAACAAUUCAAGAAUCUGAAGAAAUGUUAGCACCAGAUAAACAACCUACUAAAGUGUUAGCAAGCUCAAGUUAUUCACCUAAUGAACCACUCACAGUGGAACAGGUACAAACAGGCGAUACAUCCACACAAUUUAAGGAUUAUCCUAAAAUUGUUACAGAUAUUGCAUAUCAAGAUAUUGAAACAUUAGAAGCUACUAAUGUAAUAGAGACAUUAGCUGGUGAAUCGGAACUGUCGUAUGACGAACAACAACCAGAACAUUUUAACAUAGAAAAUACCGUUACCAGACCACACCAACAAAUUGAAGUUAAGGAAUUACAUGCGUUGGAAACCGAAAAUACACUCGAUAGUUUCACAUUACCAGAUUCUCAUAAAGGCAAGAAAGUCCCAUCGCAUAUUUUAUCCGCUGGCCUAACAGAACAAAUAAUUGCUGAUUAUAGUGCAAAAAAAUUAGAGGAAGAUAAAAUCGAUGAAACUAAAGCUGCAUUUAGUCAGAGCUUAUUAAAUGAGACUAUAAUAUCUGAAACGGUGGCAGGUGAAGCAACUGAUAAAUUCGUAUUAGAAGAAGCAGCUACAAAACAAGCAGUGCCGACUCUACUACAGCAAGAGGCACUGAAUGUAUCCGAGAUCUUAGCUGAUGACAAAGAAAAGCAAUAUAUUCCAGGAGAAUUACCAAGUUCUCUGCAUGCUACGUAUGAUAUAGACACUCAAAAAGUAGCAAGUAAAUCUGUUGUUCUACCUAAUGAUACUACUGAACAAUUAAAUAUUAUGGCGCCUUUGAAAAUGGAAGCUGUAUCCGAACAAGGUACUUUGGAAUCAGUUCAAAUUCUUCAACAUGAGACAGCAGAGAGAGAAAGUGAACAUGUCGAAUCCCAACCUGAAACAAAGCAAGCCGAAAUUCAGCUAAGUGAAACUCUUUCAGGUCCGCAUAUUUUACAAGUAGUUUCUAACGAAAAAGAAGAUAAAUAUCAACCGCUACCAAAACCGUUACAAGUACUUGCCUCCUCUGCUGUUGCAACUCAGGAAGUAAUUAUUACAUCUGAAAUUGAAACUGUAGUCCACGCUGAUAAUAUUGAGGAAGAAGAACCCUUAACCGGAAGAGCUAAAAAAUAUGCUAGGCCGUAUACAGAGCUUAUAGUCACAGAAACCAAUGUAGUAGAUGUAGAAAAAAAAUUGCCUUCAGAUAUAUUUCCGUUUAAAAAGCAAGCUAAUAUAGAUAUUUUACCUGGGCAAGCCAUAUCCGUUACAGAAACAGUGACGAAUAAUAAAGAGCAAAAUCUAGACAUAACCGAAACAGAAACCUCUUUAGCUAAUAUAAAUAUCAGCGAACAGCAAGUGGCUUUAAAAGAAGAAGUAGUAGCAAAUACUCUACCGCAAGAUCUGGUUGAAAUAUCUCCGGAAAAGUUGUUUGCUGCAAGUCAUCAAGAUGUUUCACAUCCAGUUAUACAAAUGCAAUUCACGCCUGGAGAAAAAGAAGGCCAAAAAGAAACCGACGUUAAACCAGAUUCGAAACAUGUUAACGUUAGUUUUACAGAAAGUGAAAGCGUGCAUGUAACCGAAGUAAAUGCAGAUGAUAAGGAAAACGAGCUAUCUCUUAUUGAUUUACCUAAAAGUGUAAAAGGGGAACCCACUGUAUCAUCUUUUGUGACAGCGAUAAAAGAAGAAGUUAUAUCUGACGAUUCAGUCAACAAAUUUUCAGAAUCACUGCAACAAACUGAGAAAGCGAAGCCUGAUUGCAUAUUAUUAGAUUCUUUUACCACCACUGAGUCAAUGAUAAUCGAAGCAGAGAAAAGUUUAAAUGAAAUUAAACCGGAAGAAAAAGUUGCUUAUCCCGAAUAUCAGUCCGCAGAAAGUAUAUGUAUAACAUCAGUCACUUCUGGUAUUAAAGAAGGAAAUUUGAGCCAGAAAAAAGAAAUAGAAGAAACUGCGAGUUCCAGCCUCUCUCCGCACGAUGUAUUAGAAAUUGCUGAAACUGUAGCAAGUGACACAAUAAAGGAUUUCGAGAGAACUUCCCCUACACGUGUUACAGCUGUUGCAAGUCAGUCAGAGUAUAAAAGCCUUAUAAACAUUGAAGCAGUAGCAGCUGAACAAGAAUCAAUUUUAGAAGACGCCAUUAAGCCAUCUAAACAAAAAGCUGAAUUGGCCGUUGAAUCUAAAACAGCUGCCGAAGUUACAGAAACAUUACCAAACGAAAAAGAAGCCGUUCGAAAAGAUUCAGAAUUUAUUGAUAAUAAAACAGCCACUCCUUCUUUCACUGUUCAGCCAGUUGCUGAAACUAGUGUUGUAUUUGCACAGGAUUCAACUGAAAACGUGUUAAAAGAGGAACCGUUAUCGGCUCAGGCCAAUAUCAAUCAACUUCAACUUGAAGGCAUAAUAAAAACAGAACAUAAUGUUCAAGAAAGCGAAAAAUACUUUGAAAAGCAACCAGAAAACACAAAGCAAGCCAACAUAGAAUUCAGAGAAGAUCAAAGUAUUGUGGUAACUCAAAUUGUAAGCACAGAUACUGAAUCCGGUUUACUUGAAGUGAAAAGACCAUUACAGGAACAGGCAGUUGUAGAUAUCGAUGUACACAAAUUGCCUGUGAACACUGAAAUAAGUAUUCAAGAAGCCGUAGACCAAUCAAAUAUUACCUUCAAUCCAGUAUCAACAAUUGCGCAUUCCGAACUAUUUCCAUUGGAAACUGCAGUAACCACAGAAACCAUUCCAACUGAAUCAGAAUCGGCAGAAGUUAAAACGCACGAAGCAGAAACAAGAAAAGCGUUAGUAAGCUUUAACGAAGAUCAGAGCAUUUUAAUUGAAUCCGUAUUUCCACGCGAAAAAGAACAAGAUUUUGUAGAAGCGGCAGUGAAUAAAUCAUAUGCAGAACAAACACUUAGUGACACUAAAUAUGUAGCAUCUCAAGCUGAAACUAGAUCAGAAGAUGAUCUGAAAGAAUUUAGUUUCGAUAAGCCCACAGAAAAUCUGAUAGAGGGUACAACGAUUCCUUAUGAUGCAGCUGUAACAUCAGAACAAGUUACAAUAGAAACAGAACAAGAAUUAAGUGAUAUUUCGAAAGCUAGGGAAGCGUCCGCCACCAUAGAUAUUGAGCCUUCAGAAGGACUAUCUACGACUGAAACCUUUACUGGUCAAAAAGAAGAAAAUCUUAAUGAAUUUGAUUUACCCACAUCUAAAAAGGCAGAUAUGACAAUUGAUGUUACUCAUAAAAUAGCAGAAUCAAAUAUCACAGAAACGUCAGAAGUUUCAGAUAUUUAUAAACCUACUAUGCCAGAUAGUAUAAAGGCACUGGAAACUGAAUCAACUUUCGAUAGUGUAAUUAUUACUGAAAAUAUUGUAGAAGAGAAGGAAAAAAGGUUUGAAGGACAAUUUCAACCAGAUGUUAACAACGCUGAAAUAUCAUUAGAAGAAAAUAAAUGCAGUACAAAUGUGUCUGAAGUAAUUCUUCAAGAUAAGGAAGGAGAAUUUGAAAGCAGUACUACACCCUCUCAACAAAAAGCAACGAAAGAGAUAAGUUUUAUUACUGUUCCAGAAACUUGUGAAACGCUUACAGGAGAAGGUUUCCAAGAAAGUACCUCCACUGUGCCUGAUUUAACGACUGCAACUGUGAAACAUACUAUACAUGAGAAAAUAAUUCAGACCCAACCUUUAAUACAAGAAAAAGAAGAUACGUUUACUGAAAGUAAGAAACCACUUACUCAAAGUGCUUUACCUGUGGUUGAAGAGACCGAAGUUCCUUCAACGUUUGUGGUAAUUUUGGCAGAAAAUGAAGACAUAAUGGAGGUAGAGCGAAAACCGCACACCAGCACUGCAGAUUUUAAUUUAGUUGCUAACAUACAUUCUGAAGUAUCUGAUGUACAAACUAAUCUGGAUACCCAAGAUCUAGUUACUCAAGAACCUACAUCAGCAACAGCAAAGCCCGAAAUGGACGUCAUGUCCAAUCUGGUUCAAACUGCACCUAUUGUUUUGGACACCUCGGAAGAUUUCAAUGAAACAUUUAAACCUAAAUCUGACAACGCCAAAGGAAAAAUUGAUGAACUCAACGAAAUUAUCAUUGAAGAGACCAUUACAGAAACUACAGCCAAAGACUUUAAAUAUCAUCCAGAAAAACCUCAAACAGCUUCACCACUUAUAGAUUCUAAUAAAGCUAUUUUACAAUCUGAGGUUGUACCUUCUGAGAAUAUAGGAGAUCAUGAAAUUAAGAAACAAGAGUUAUUGUCCUUGGAAGCUAAACAAGACACAUUUGAAAGUAUAAUACUGACUGAUAAUGUUAUUCACGAGUCGGAACAAAUACUCGAAGAAACUCCUACGGCAGAGUUAAGGAAGGCAGAUACUAUUGUAGACAAAAUGUCAAGCUUAAAGAUUUCUGAAGUUAUUGCGCAAGAGACAGAAAAGCCAUUAACAGUUGAAGAUCGAAAAGAAGAAUUCUCUACAAGUUCUGUUUUUCCAAAUAUUCCUUUAUCACAGACAGUAAUCCUUUCAAGCGAAAAUAUUGAUAAAUUUAGUACUUCGUCGCCUGUUCAAGAAACAGCUGAGAUGACCAAAGGCAAACAUGAAGGUUUGAUUGUUUUGACAAAAGAUGUUCAAGAAAACGAAGUUCCUUUUGAUGAACUGCCUGCCACAGGGAAAACAGCAAAUGUUUCACUUCUUCCAGAGGAACACUUAACUACUACAGAAACAGUUAUUACUGAACUGGAGUCAACAUUUGCAGAUAAAGAAGUAACAGGAUAUGUUGCCGAAAAAAUACUUACGCCCCAAGAAGCAACUCAAAUAUCAGAAGCAACUGCACAGCAUAGUGUGUCUCAACUUAAAACUGAGGUACAAGAGCAAAACAGUGCUGUUCAAGACCAUAUUUUAUAUAAAACUGUGAAUAUAACUGAAACCCUAGUAUCUGAAAGAGAAUCGAAUCUUAAGGAUGAAAAACCAAAAUUUUCGUCUGUCGAUGUGUCACUAGAAAAGGCUGGUAAAACGGUAGAAAUCACAGAAACAGACAUAAUUGAAAAUGAAAGGCCAUUGUUAGAAGAAAAACCUAAAACUGAUAUAGCAACUGUCGUAAUUAAUGAACAUAAAGUAAUAGAAAGCAGAAAUGUAGAUGUGCUUGAAGGGCUAAAGGAAAUUUACGAAAGUAAAUCUGAUAAAACUCGAAAAGCUACACCUCAAACUGAUACUUUAGGCAGUUUAAUUCAGACAGACGUAAUUGUGCAAGGGGAUGCGCAUCCCAUUAACAUCGAAACACCCUCAGCAAAAACUGUUAAUAUUGAUGUAACGACUGAAGCAAGUGUAAUUGUAACUGAAGUUUUGACGCAAGGACAGACAGGAGAGGAAAUCAUAGGAGUAUCUGCCAAGGAAACUACUGCACAGAAAGAAAUAGAACAAAGGUCAGUGGUAGUAAAUGAAGAAAUAACUCCACUACAAGGACAUGAGUUCUUUAAAACCGAAAAAGUGCAAAGUAUGGAAAUAAAACCCGAAUAUACCAAUAUCCAGCAUGGACUUAUUGUUACUGAACAAAAAUCAACGGGUAAUCUAGGAUCUUUAGAAUACGAAAUACCAAGUUCCAGAACAGUUAAAAUAGUAAUGGAUGAAAUUUCUCCAAGCUUGCAGAUAAGUGAAGUACAGCCGCAUGAGGUAGAAGGACCACUGGAUGAGACAGAGCCACACAAAACACGUGCCAGCAUUACACAAACAACCACCCAGACGUUCACCGCUAAACAACACAAAACAGAUAUUCAAAAAGAUACAAAUACCGAAGAAACACAUGAAAUAAUAACAAAAUUCAAAUCAACUCCCGACAGUGAUGAGACAACCAAAAUCAUAACCAAACGCACUAUUUUAAAAGGUAGAAGAGACAGGGAAAAUGAUAGUGAUAUAGUUAUCGACGAGAUUUUAGAUGUAAUUGAACCGCAAAAACAUAUUACGCAGACCCCAAUUGAUAUAACAGAAAUAACGGAAGAUGUAUCAGAAGAGGAACAAUUUGAAGACAAACCAAAAUACAUUGUUCAAGAGCUACCAGAAGAAGUAGAAGUAAGUGAGAUAGAAACAAAGGAAGGCAAGAAGAAAAAGUUAGUUAAGAAAAGAACAAUUAAAAAGCAAAUCGGCAGCAAACAGGAGAAAACAGAAAUUAUAACUGUUGAAGAGGAAGGCAAGAAACCUGAAACAACUGUGACAGUACAAGAACUUGAAGCACCUGAGGAGACUAAAUCAGAGUUGCUAGCAGAUGUAGUUGAGGAAUUACCUGAAGACGUACAAGUAACCGAAGAGAUUACAAAAGACGGUAAGCGUAAAAAGAAAGUUAUCCGAAAGAGAGUAAUUAAAAAACAAGUGGGUGAUAAACAAGAGAAAACAGAAAUUGUAACUGUAGAAGAAGAGGGGAAGGAACCUGAGACUACAGUGACAGUAGAAAAACUUGACGUUAAGGAAGAGACGAAACCUGAAAUGCCUACAUACGCAAUCGAGGAAUUACCUGAGGAUGUUCAAGUAACAGAGGAAAUCACAAAAGAAGGUAAACGUAAAAAGAAGGUAAUAAGAAAGAGAGUAAUUAAAAAGCAAGUGGGCGACAAACAACAGAAGACAGAAAUUAUUACUGUAGAAGAAGAGGGUAAGAAACCUGAAACCACUGUGACAGUAGAGGAACUUGAAGUUCCAGCAGAAACAAAACCUGAACUGCCCACAUAUACAGUAGAGGAACUACCUGAGGACGUUCAAGUAACAGAGGAAGUUACCAAAGACGGUAAACGUAAAAAGAAAAUAAUCCGAAAGAGAGUAAUUAAAAAGCAAGUGGGUGACAAACAAGAAAAAACAGAAAUUGUUACUGUAGAAGAAGAGGGUAAGAAACCUGAAACCACUGUGACUGUAGAGGAACUUGAAGUUCCAGAGGAAACGAAACCUGAGCUACCUACAUAUGCAAUAGAGGAACUACCUGAGGAUGUUCAAGUAACAGAGGAAAUUACAAAAGACGGUAGACGUAAAAAGAAGGUUAUCCGGAAGAGAGUAAUUAAAAAGCAAGUGGGUGACAAACAAGAGAAAACAGAAAUUGUUACUGUAGAAGAAGAGGGUAAGAAACCUGAAACCACUGUGACAGUAGAGGAACUUGAAGUUCCAGAGGAAACGAAACCUCAAUUGCCUACAUACGCAAUAGAGGAAUUGCCUGAAGACGUUCAAGUAACCGAGGAAAUUACAAAAGACGGUAGACGUAAAAAGAAGGUUAUCCGGAAGAGAGUAAUUAAAAAGCAAGUGGGUGACAAACAAGAGAAAACAGAAAUUGUUACUGUAGAAGAAGAGGGUAAGAAACCUGAAACCACUGUGACAGUAGAGGAACUUGAAGUUCCAGAGGAAACGAAACCUCAAUUGCCUACAUACGCAAUAGAGGAAUUGCCUGAAGACGUUCAAGUAACCGAGGAAAUUACAAAAGACGGUAGACGUAAAAAGAAGGUUAUCCGGAAGAGAGUAAUUAAAAAGCAAGUGGGUGACAAACAAGAGAAAACAGAAAUUGUUACUGUAGAAGAAGAGGGUAAGAAACCUGAAACCACUGUGACAGUAGAGGAACUUGAAGUUCCAGAGGAAACGAAACCUCAAUUGCCUACAUACGCAAUAGAGGAAUUGCCUGAAGACGUUCAAGUAACCGAGGAAAUUACAAAAGACGGUAGACGUAAAAAGAAGGUUAUCCGGAAGAGAGUAAUUAAAAAGCAAGUGGGUGACAAACAAGAGAAAACAGAAAUUGUUACUGUGGAAGAAGAGGGUAAGAAACCUGAAACCACUGUGACUGUAGAGGAACUUGAAGUUCCAGAGGAAACGAAACCUCAAUUGCCUACAUACGCAAUAGAGGAAUUACCUGAGGAUGUUCAAGUAACAGAGGAAAUUACAGAAGAAGGUAAACGUAAAAAGAAAGUAAUUCGAAAGAGAGUAAUUAAAAAGCAAGUGGGUGACAAACAAGAGAAAACAGAAAUUGUUACUGUAGAAGAAGAGGGUAAGAAACCUGAAACCACUGUGACAGUAGAGGAACUUGAAAUACCGGAGGAAACGAAACCUGAACUACCUACAUAUGCAGUAGAGGAAUUACCAGAAGACGUUCAAGUAACAGAGGAAAUUACAAAAGACGGUAAACGUAAAAAGAAAGUAAUCCGGAGAAGAGUAAUUAAAAAGCAAGUGGGUGACAAACACGAGAAAACAGAAAUUGUUACUGUGGAGGAAGAGGGUAAGAAACCUGAAACCACCGUGACAGUAGAGGAACUUGAAAUACCGGAGGAAACGAAACCUGAACUACCUACAUACGCAGUAGAGGAAUUACCUGAAGACAUUCAAGUAACAGAAGAAAUCACAAAAGACGGUAAGCGUAAAAAGAAGAUAAUAAGAAAGAGAGUAAUUAAGAAGCAAAUAGGUGACAAACAAGAGAAAACAGAAAUUGUUACUGUAGAAGAAGAGGGUAAGAAACCUGAAACCACUGUGACAGUAGAGGAACUGGAAAUACCGGAGGAAACGAAACUUGAACUGCCUUCAUACGCAGUAGAGGAAUUACCUGAAGACGUUCAAGUAACAGAGGAAAUCACAAAAGAUGGUAAACGUAAAAAGAAGAUAAUAAGAAAGAGAGUAAUUAAGAAGCAAAUAGGUGACAAGCAAGAGAAAACAGAAAUUGUUACUGUGGAAGAAGAGGGUAAGAAACCUGAAACCACUGUGACAGUAGAGGAACUUGAAGUUCCAGAGGAAACGAAACCUGAACUACCUACAUAUGCUGUAGAAGAAUUACCUGAAGAUGUUCAAGUAACAGAGGAAAUCACAAAAGAUGGCAAACGUAAAAAGAAGGUAAUUCGGAAGAGAGUAAUUAAAAAGCAAGUGGGCGACAAACAAGAAAAGACUGAAAUAGUAACAGUUGAAGAGGAAGGCAAAAAGCCUAAAACCACUGUCACAGUAGAAGAACUUGAAGUACCCGAGGAAUAUGAGCCGGAAUUACCGUCACAUAUAGUAGAAGAGUUACCGGAAGAUAUACAAGUUAUAGAGGAAAUCACAAAGGAUGGUAAGCCUAAAAAGAAGGUGAUUCGAAAGAGAGUAAUUAAAAAGCAAGUAGGCAGAAAACAAGAAAAGACAGAAAUAGUGACAGUUGAAGAGGAAGGCAAAAAGCCUAAAACCACUGUCACAGUAGAAGAACUUGAAGUUCCCGAAGAAUAUAAACCAGAAUUACCGUCACAUAUCGUAGAAGAGUUACCGGAAGACAUACAAAUUAUUGAGGAAAUCACAAAGGAUGGUAAGCCGAAAAAGAAGGUAAUUCGAAAGAGAGUAAUUAAAAAGCAAGUAGGCAGAAAACAAGAAAAGACAGAAAUAGUGACAGUUGAAGAGCAAGGUAAAAGGCCUAAAACUACGGUCACAGUAGAAGAACUUGAAGUUCCCGAAGAAUAUAAACCGGAAUUACCGUCACAUAUCGUAGAAGAGUUACCGGAAGAUAUACAAGUUAUUGAGGAAAUCACAAAGGACGGUAAGCCUAAAAAGAAGGUAAUUCGGAAGAGAGUAAUUCAAAAGCAAGUAGGCAGAAAACAAGAAAAGACAGAAAUAGUAACCGUUGAAGAGGAAGGCAAAAUGCCUCAAACUACGGUCACAGUAGAAGAACUUGAAGUUCCCGAAGAAUAUAAACCGGAAUUACCGUCACAUAUCGUAGAAGAGUUACCGGAAGACAUACAAGUUAUUGAGGAAAUCACAAAGGACGGUAAACCUAAAAAGAAGGUAAUUCGAAAGAGAGUAAUUCAAAAGCAAGUAGGCAGAAAGCAAGAAAAGACAGAAAUAGUAACUGUUGAAGAGGAAGGCAAAAAGCCUAAAACCACUGUCACUGUAGAAAAACUUGAAGUUCCCGAAGAAUAUAAACCGGAAUUACCGUCAUAUAUCGUAGAAGAGUUACCGGAAGAUAUACAAGUUAUUGAGGAAAUCACAAAGGACGGUAAGCCUAAAAAGAAGGUGAUUCGAAAGAGAGUAAUUAAAAAGCAAGUAGGCAGAAAACAAGAAAAGACAGAAAUAGUGACAGUUGAAGAGGAAGGUAAAAGGCCUAAAACUACGGUCACAGUAGAACAACUUGAAGUUCCCGAAGAAUAUAAACCGGAAUUACCGUCACAUAUCGUAGAAGAGUUACCGGAAGAUAUACAAGUUAUUGAGGAAAUCACAAAGGACGGUAAGCCUAAAAAGAAGGUAAUUCGAAAGAGAGUAAUUCAAAAGCAAGUAGGCAGAAAACAAGAAAAGACAGAAAUAGUAACAGUUGAAGAGGAAGGCAAAAAGCCUCAAACUACGGUCACAGUAGAAGAACUUGAAGUUCCCGAAGAAUAUAAACCAGAAUUACCGUCACAUAUUGUAGAAGAGUUACCGGAAUAUGUGCAGGUUAUUGAAGAAAUCACAAAGGACGGUAAGCCUAAAAAGAAGGUAAUUCGAAAAAGAGUAAUUAAAAAGCAAGUAGGCAGAAAACAAGAAAAGACAGAAAUAGUAACCGUUGAAGAGGAAGGCAAAAUGCCUCAAACUACGGUCACAGUAGAAGAACUUGAAGUUCCCGAAGAAUAUAAACCAGAAUUACCGUCACAUAUUGUAGAAGAGUUACCGGAAUAUGUACAGGUUAUUGAGGAAAUCACAAAGGACGGUAAGCCAAAAAAGAAGGUAAUUCGAAAGAGAGUAAUUCAAAAGCAAGUAGGCAGAAAACAAGAAAAGACAGAAAUAGUAACAGUUGAAGAGGAAGGUAAAAAGCCUCAAACUACGGUCACAGUAGAAGAACUUGAAGUUCCCGAAGAAUAUAAACCAGAAUUACCGUCACAUAUUGUAGAAGAGUUACCGGAAUAUGUACAGGUUAUUGAGGAAAUCACAAAGGACGGUAAGCCAAAAAAGAAGGUAAUUCGAAAGAGAGUAAUUCAAAAGCAAGUAGGCAGAAAACAAGAAAAGACAGAAAUAGUAACAGUUGAAGAGGAAGGUAAAAAGCCUCAAACUACGGUCACAGUAGAACAACUUGAAGUGCCCGAAGAAUAUAAACCGGAAUUACCGUCACAUAUUGUAGAAGAGUUACCGGAAGAUAUACAAGUUAUGGAGGAAUUCACAAAAGACGGUAAGCCUAAAAAGAAGGUGAUUCGGAAGAGAGUAAUUAAAAAGCAAGUAGGCAGAAAACAAGAAAAGACCGAAAUAGUAACAGUUGAAGAGGAAGGCAAAAAGCCUCAAACUACGGUCACAGUAGAAGAACUUGAAGUUCCUGAAGAAUAUAAACCGGAAUUACCGGCACAUAUCGUAGAAGAGUUACCGGAAGACAUACAAGUUAUUGAGGAAAUCACAAAGGAUGGUAAGUCUAAAAAGAAGGUAAUUCGAAAGAGAGUAAUUAAAAAACAAGUAGGCAGAAAACAAGAAAUGACAGAAAUAGUAACAGUUGAAGAGGAAGGCAAAAAGCCUAAAACCACUGUCACAGUAGAAGAACUAGAAGUUCCCGAAGAAUAUAAACUGGAAUUACCGUCACAUAUCGUAGAAGAGUUACCGGAAGAUAUACAAGUUAUAGAGGAAACCACAAAGGAUGGUAAGCCUAAAAAGAAGGUAAUUCGAAAAAGAGUGAUUAAAAAUCAAGUAGGUGGGAAACAAGUAAAGACAGAGAUAGUUACUACUGAAGAAGAAGGUAAGGAACCAGAAACCACUGUCACAGUACAAGAAUCCGAAAUUCCAGACGAAGCAAUGUCCGUAGUGCCAAUGUAUUGUGUAGAAGAAUUACCUGAAGAAAUACAAGUAACUGAGACAAUUUCAAAAGAUGGUAAACCUAGAAAGAGGGUAACUAAAAAACGGGUUAUUCAAAAACGUGACGGUAAAAAAUUGGAGAAAACUGAAAUCUUAACAGUUGAAGAAGAAGGUAAAAAACCAAGAACUUCUGUAACUGUUCAGGAAGUUGAAGAAUUUGCAGAAACUCUAGCUGAAAAAUCGGCAUAUUCUAUUGAGGAGUUGCCUGAAGAAAUAAAAGUAAUUGAGGAAAUUUCAAAAGAUGGUAUUCCAAAGAAGAAAGUGAUUAAAAAGAGAGUUAUUAAAAAGAAAAUUGGCCAGAAAGAAGAAAGGACAGAAAUUGUUACCGUCGAAGAAGAAGGUAAACGACCGAAAACUACUGUAACUGUUGAAGAAGUUGGAGAUGAAUUUGAGAAAGUAUUAUUUGUUCCCACUUUAGCUGAAAAGGAUAAAUCGAAACCCGAUGAUAUAAUAGAUCUUGUUACAUUAGAAGUUUUGAAAAAAGCAAUACGCCCAAUAGAGACAUCAGAAGCUGGAGAUUUAGAAGAAGUCGUCGGUACUGAAGAGAAACCUAAAAGAAAAGUUAGUAAGAAAAAGAUUACUGAUAAGUCAGAAAAAAUUAAAGAGGUGUAUCCCAUACAGGAACUGCCAGAACAAAUUACCACGGAAAUAAUUAUUAAAGAAGGCAAACCAACAAAGAAGGUAGUUACUAAACGAACCAUUGAAAAACAAAAGAGGGACAAACUUGAAAGUACUGAAAUUUUAACAGUAGAAGAAGAAGGGAAGAAACCUGAAACUACUGUCAUUAUCCAUGAAAGUGAAUUGCCAGAAGGGUUUACCCCAUUGGAAACUGCAGAUAUUACUUGCAUAAAAGAAUUGCCUGAGGAGAUUGUUACCGACAUGGUGAUGAGAGAUGGUAAACCUAAAAAGAGAACUAUUAAGAAAAGAGUUAUUCAAAAACGCAAAGGAAACAAGAAAGAAGUAACAGAAAUUUUAACAGUAGAAGAAGAAGGAACGAAACCUGAAAUAUCUGUCACAGUAGUGGAAACUAACCUUCCUCAAGAUGAAGAAAUUGAAUAUUCUGAAUUUUCGAUUGUUGAAGAAUUGCCAGAGGAAAUUACUGUCACUGAAACAAUUAAUGACGAAGGAAAACCUACGAAAAAAACCGUCAAAAAACGGGUUAUAAAGAAACUUAUAGGGAAUAAAGAAGAAAUAACUAACAUUUUAACUGUUGAAGAAGAAGGAAAGAAACCUAUAUCAACUGUAGAAAUAGAAGAAAUUGAUGCCGAAAAUGUAGAACCCAAACAACCUUCUUAUAUAGAAGAAUUGCCUGAAGAAGUUGUUGUCAUUGAUACAAUAGGUGAUGACGGUAUAUCUAGAAAGAAAACUACAAAGAAAAGAAUUAUUAAAAAACGUAGAGGUAGUACAGAAGAGAGAACCCAAAUUUUAACAGUUGAAGAGGAAGGAAGAGAACCUGAAACAACUGUCACAAUAGAGGAAAUUGAAUGUCCAAUGGUAGAAGAAUUUCCAGAUGAAGUUACUGAAAUAACCGGGGAAACACCAAGAAAAGUUGUUAAAAAACAUCCAAAGAAAAAAACUAAAGACGAUAAGCAAAAAUCACUGGAGCAAGAAAUAACUGAACCUGAAAAAAUAUUGUUUGUGCCAACACUGGCAGAGGAAAAAGAGACUGCAACACCUGAAGACGUAAUAAAACUUCUGAAAGUUGAAAUUAUAAGAAAAUUCCUAGCACAUUCUUUACCAGAUUUUCCAUUAGAAUUUGAUUUCCCAUUAGAACAGUGCUGCAUAUUAUAUGAAUUACCUGAACAAAUAGAGAAAUCAGAUUUGCCUAACGGUGACAAGAUAAUUACUAAAAAAAGAACCAUAAAAAAAGAUAAGGGAAAUAAAGAUGAAAUUAUUAAGAUAUUUGUAACAGAGACUCCAGAAAAUGAUUUAAAUGCUACUGUCACUAUUGAGGAAUUUAUAAAACCCACAGAAGAAGGGUAUCCCGUAGUUCCAGUAAUAGAAUUACCAGAAGACAUUGAUGUCAUCGAAAUAAGCACGAGUGACAAAACACCCAAAAAAAAGAUAACCAAAAAAAGGACACUUUUGAAGAAGGUCGGUCCAAAUAUAGAAGUGACUGAAAUCCAGACCAUAUUGGAAGAUGAUAAAGAACCUCUACAAACAGUAAUUAUUAAGGAAUUUCCCGGCACAAUCCCUAAAAGAAAGAAAACUAAACCAAAACUUAAGGGUUCCGCGCCAACUAAAAUACCGCUAACAAAGCAGUCUAUCGAAGUUGUUGAAGUAAAGCCAAGUAAAAUUAAAGUUGUAAAUAAAGAAGAUUUGCCUUUACUUGGACUGAUGAAACUUAAAAAACCAAAAAUUCCUCAAAAGAAAAAGAAAGAAGUUACAUUUCCUAAGAUUCGCUUAACAAGCAGAAUACGUCAUAUAUCUUUCCCACCAGAGUCAGAAAUAGAACAAAAAGCCAUUAUAAAUAUCUUGCCACCUUACAUAAAAGACAGCGGUUCCUUGUCUAGAAAUAUUAAAGAAGCAACGGAAAUCUUAAAGAAGAAGAAACCCAAGAAAUUUAAACAUAUAGAGAGAGAAAUGCCUGAGUUAGAAAAAUAUGAGGAAGCUGAUAUGCCUGAAAAAAUAAAGAAAGAUAAACCCGAUGAUGAGCUAAGAUACAAAAGAAAAUUGAAGAAAGUGGAAGAAAAAAUAGAUGAACCAAAAUCCUUGAAAAUAGGAAAAGGAAACAUUCCACAAACUGAAGAUUCUCCGGAAACUGUGCAAUUGAAGAAAAUUCCUGAAAAAACAAAACCUAAAAAAUCAGAUGAAGAACACAAACCUAAAGAAAAGCCUAGUGAUCGUAAAAAAAUUAAAGCAGAUAAGAAUGAGGAAGACACGGAGCCUCUCAAAUUUGAACCUUAUGAUAUUGACAGAGAUGACUAUGAUUUAGAAAAACCAGAGAAAUUAGAUGCAGAUACCACAGAAAAGAAAAAGAAAGAUAAAAAGAAAAAAUAUUUGAGUAAACCUAAGGAGAAAAAAGAACCUGAAGUAGAAGAAACAACCAUUGUGCCAGGAAAACCUAAAGAAAAAUCUCUACCUGAAGAUGAAGAUAAAAAAUAUAAAUUCAAGCAAAAGGACUUGCCCGAUGUUCCACCAGAUAGUAUAAAAUUAAAACCGUUUAAAAAACCAGACGCUGAUAAAGAGCUAUAUAAAGUAGGGGAGACGAUAGGAAGACCAGAUACAUUAGGUACACAAGUGUACGAAUUACCAGAAGAAACUAUAGAAUUUAAAGAUAUAUCGCCAGAAGGGAAACCUAUUAAGAAAACUAUAAGAAAACGUGUUAUAAGGAAAAAACAUGGACCCAUUCAGGAAACAACUACCAUAGAAACAAUAAUUCCUGAAGGAGGAAUACCUGAAGUAAUUAUUAAAGUAAAUGAAGAAAUAAAUACGGAAGAAGUGAUUCCUUUGGAGGCAACCAUUAUAGAAGAAAUACCUGAACAGAUUCACUUGGUGGAGGAUAAAGAAGAUAAAGCGCCUAUCAGAAAAAUCAAAAAAAGGGUUCUAAAAAAGAACGUAGGAGAUAAGAAGGAAGUUACAGAAAUUACAACAAUAGAAGAAGAAGGCAGAAAACCUGAAGUUAUUGUAAAUAUUACGGUAUUAAGUAUUGAUGACAUGGAAACUGAGGCUCUUGUUCCUACUCAAUUUACAAUAGACGCAACAGAAAUUACACCAAAAAUUACACCUCAUACUACCACAAAAACAAUUACAGAAGUACACACAUUUGAACAAACACAGGAUACAUCAGUAGGUGGGCUAAUUCCUGAAAUUAUUAAAGCCAAGGGAACCUUAGUCCAUGAUAUAAAGGAAUCUAUUAUUGUAGAAGCGGUUCAAACCCAAAAACCCAUUGAAGAGGUUCCUGAAACAAGAACAUUUAUAGAAGAACUUCCAGAAGUAGUAGAGAUCAUCGGAAGCUUAUUGGAAGAUGGAAAACCUAAGGAAAAACGGAUUAAGAAACGUAUUAUUAAAAAGCUCAAGGGUGACAAACUGGAAAAAACGGAAAUAUUAACAGUCGAGGAAGAGGGUGAAAAACCAAAGACAACAGUUGUAGUAGAAGAGAUAGUAUUAUCUGAAGAAGCCCUGAAAGAUAUACCACAGGUAAUGUCACAACAAUCAAAACCUGUUGAAGAAUUUCCAGAAAAUGUUAUUGUUACUCAAGUUGAAACUAAAGAAGGACCCAAACAGCAAAUUAUUAAAAAAAGGGUAAUAAAAAGACGAAAAGGAAGCAAGCAGGAAACCACUCAAAUUGUGACAGUGGAAGAAGAAGGAAGAAAACCUCAGUCAACGGUGACUAUAGAAGAGGUCGACUUGCCCGAAGAAGUAUUAGAGCCAGUAAUGUUAAUAGAGGAACUUCCUGAGGAAGUGACAAUAACACAAGUGGAAACUAACGAAGGACCUAAAACUAAAGUCGUAAAGAAGAGAGUAGUUAAGAAACAGAAAGGGAGCAAACAUGAACUAACUGAAAUUGUAACUGUCGAAGAAGAAGGAAAACAACCAGAAUCUACAGUAACUGUCCACGAAUUGGAGUUUCCUGAAGAAAUUGAUACAGAAAAGCCUGAAAUUAAAAGCCUCAUUGAAGAACUUCCAGAAGAAGUAAUAAUCACUCAAAUCAAUACUGAAGAAGGACCUAAAAAACAAACCAUCAGAAAGAGAGUGCUUCGAAAACGCAAAGGAAACAAACAAGAGUCCACAGAAAUUGUAACGCUUGAAGAAGAAGGAAAGAAGCCAUGGUCUACUGUAACUAUACAAGAAGAAAACUUGCCAGAAGAAAUCAUAUCAGACAAACCUGAGGCAGAAUUAGCAAAUAUUAUCGAAGAACUUCCCGAAGAAGUAACAGUUACUCAAGUUGACACUGAAGAAGGCACAAGAAAGCAGAUUAUUAAAAAGAGAGUAAUCCGUAAACGCAAAGGAGGCAAGCAAGAACUCACUGAAAUUGUUACUGUUGAAGAAGAGGGAAAGAAACCACAGUCUACUCUAACCAUACAUGAAGUAGAUUUGCCAGAAGAGACUUAUGUAGAGGAGUUUCCAGAAGACGUGACAGUUACCGAAGUUGAAACGGCAGAAGGUCCAAAAAAACAAACAACAAAAAAGAGAAUUAUAAAGAAACGCAAAGGUGGCAAACAAGAAAGUACAGAAAUCGUGACUGUUGAAGAAGAAGGGAAAAAGCCGCAGACCACUGUAACAAUAGGAGAAACAACACUGCCUGAAGAAGUUUUAGAGGAAUUACCUGUUCCAAAAUUAGAGCCAAAAACCCUUAUCGAGGAACUUCCAGAAGAAGUAACGAUUACUCAAGUUGACACCGAAGAAGGACCUAAAAGACAAGUUAUCAAGAAGAGAGUAGUGCGCAAACGUAAAGGAAGCAAACAAGAACUAACUGAAAUCGUCACUGUCGAAGAAGAAGGAAAGAAACCGCAAUCUACACUAACCAUUCACGAAGUAGAUAUGCCUGAAGAAACUUUAGUAGAAGAACUUCCAGAAGAAGUGACAGUUACUCAAGUUGAAACGGCAGAAGGUCCUAAAAAACAAACAACGAAAAAGAGAAUUAUAAGGAAACGCAAAGGUAGCAAACAAGAAUCUACAGAAAUCGUGACUGUUGAAGAAGAAGGGAAAAAGCCGCAGACCACUGUAACUAUAGAAGAAACAACACUGCCUGAAGAAGUUUUAAAGGAAUUACCUGUUUCAAAAUUAGAGCCAAAAACCCUUAUUGAGGAACUUCCAGAAGAAGUAACAAUUACUCAAGUUGACACCGAAGAAGGACCUAAAAAACAAGUCAUCAGAAAGAAAAUCAUGCGUAAACGGAAAGGAAGCAAACAAGAACUCACCGAAAUUGUAACUGUCGAAGAGGAAGGAAAGAAGCCGCAGUCUACGCUAACGAUACACGAAGUAGAUAUGCCUGAAGAAACUUUUGUAGAAGAGCUUCCAGAAGAAGUGACAGUUACCCAAGUUGAGACAACAGAAGGUCCUAAAAAACAAACAACAAAAAAGAGAGUUAUAAGGAAACGCAAAGGUAGCAAACAAGAAUCUACAGAAAUCGUGACUGUUGAAGAAGAAGGGAAAAAACCGCAGACCACUGUAACUAUAGAAGAAACAACACUACCUGAAGAAGUUUUAAAGGAAUUACCUGUUUCAAAAUUAGAGCCAAAAACCCUUAUCGAGGAACUUCCAGAAGAAGUAACAAUUACUCAAGUUGACACCGAAGAAGGACCUAAAAAACAAGUCAUCAGAAAGAAAAUCAUGCGUAAACGGAAAGGAAGCAAACAAGAACUCACCGAAAUUGUAACUGUCGAAGAGGAAGGAAAGAAGCCGCAGUCUACGCUAACGAUACACGAAAUAGAUAUGCCUGAAGAAACUUUUGUAGAAGAGCUUCCAGAAGAAGUGACAGUUACCCAAGUUGAGACAACAGAAGGUCCUAAAAAACAAACAACAAAAAAGAGAGUUAUAAGGAAACGCAAAGGUAGCAAACAAGAAUCUACAGAAAUCGUGACUGUUGAAGAAGAAGGGAAAAAACCGCAGACCACAGUAACUAUAGAAGAAACAACACUGCCUGAAGAAGUUUUAAAGGAAUUGCCUGUUUUAAAAUUAGAGCCAAAAACCCUUAUCGAGGAACUUCCAGAAGAAGUAACAAUUACUCAAGUUGACACCGAAGAAGGACCUAAAAAACAAGUCAUGAAAAAGAAAGUAAUGCGUAAGCGGAAAGGAAGCAAACAAGAACUCACUGAAAUUGUAACUAUCGAAGAAGAAGGAAAGAAGCCGCAGUCUACAGUAACCAUAUACGAAGUAGAUUUGCCUGAAGAAACUUCAGUAGAAGAGCUUCCGGAGGAAGUGACUGUAACUAAAGUUGAGACAGCAGAAGGUCCUAAAAAACAAACAGUAAAAAAGAGGGUUAUACGGAAACGCAAAGGUAGCAAACAGGAAACUACAGAAAUUGUAAUCGUUGAGGAGGAAGGAAAAAAGCCACAGACAACAGUAACUGUAGAAGAAGAAGAAUUGCCUGAAGAGACCUUGGAAGAAGUUUCGCCUGUAAAACAGGAAUCAACUAUGCUCAUAGAGGAACUACCUGAAGAAGUACAAGUUACUGAAGAAGAGACUGAAAGUGGUCCUAGAAAGAAGAUUAUCAAAAAGAAAAUUAUAAAGAAACGUAAAGGUAGCAAAGAAGAAGCUUUAGAAAUAUUAACUGUUGAAGAAGAAGGAAAGUUACCACAGACUACAGUAACUAUUCAAGAAAUAGAUACAACACAGGAACCUGUAAAGAAAAUCAGAAAAGUUAAGAAGGUUAAACCAGAAAAGCAGGAAUUAAUUUCCGAAGAUAAUAUUCUUAUUGUUCCUACUUUGCAAAAUAAACCUGAAUCUGAAGAUAUUAUAGAACUGGUUCAAACAGAACUCCUCAAGAAGGCACUUUCACAACCAACAUAUGAGCAUCCUCAAGAUGAAGAAAAACCUGACGAAAUCAAGAAACCUAAGAAGAAAAAAGAAAAGAAAAAGGACUUACCAGAAGCUUAUUCUGAAGAACUUCCAGAGCAAAUUCAGAUAAUUGAGAAAGAUGCUGAAGACGGUAAGCCUCAACAAACCAUAAUUAAAACAAGAACAAUUAAAAAACGCAGCAAGGAUAAACAAGAAACAACGAAAAUUGUAACAGUAGAAGAAGUAGGCAAACAGCCUCAGAUUUCUGUAGUUAUUGAAGAAAUGGAUUUGCCCUUGGAACUUAUUCAAACAGAAAAAGAUAUAGCACCAAGUACAGCAAUGGAAAUAGAGGAAAUACCCCAAGAGGUUAGCGUAACAGAGAUAACAACAAAGAGCAGUCCAACGAAAACGGUUAAAAAGAAAACUAUUAAAAAACGUAAAGGGGAUAAACAAGAAGUAACAGAAAUUGUUACUGCCGAGGAGAAAGGCAAAGAACCUGAAACCACGGUCACCAUAAUGGAAGUCGACCUUCCUUGUGAAGAGACUGUACCUUCAGCAGAAGAACCUGUUUACAUAGAAGAACUCCCCGAGGAAGUAAAGAUAAUAGAAGAAUAUAAGGGCGAUGUUCCACAGAAGAAAGUUAUUAAAAAGAAAGCGAUUAAAAAAAGAAAAGGAAGUAAACAAGAAAUUACUGAAAUAGUUACCAUAGAAGAAGAAGGUAAGAUGCCUGUAAGUACAGUGUCGGUUGAAGAAAUAUAUUUACCUGAGGAGCAAAUUUUAGAAGAGCUAACUAAAAAAUCACCAGAAGUGAUAAUUUUUGAAGAACCAGAAAAGAUAACAAUAUCUGAAGAGAUAAGUGACGAAGGUAUUCCAAAAAAAAUUACUGUCAAAAAACGAGUUCUGAAAAAACGAAAAGGAAAUAAAGAAGAAGUAACAGAAAUAACUACAGUUGAGGAAGAUGGCAAGAAGCCCACAACUGCUGUAACUAUAGAAGAAACUGAUAUUCCAGAGGAAAUAAUUCUACCAAAAGAACCUAGUUAUAUACUAGAACUUCCUGAAGAAAUAAAAAUUGUUGAAAUAAUUCCAAAAGAAGGUUCACCUAAAAAACAGUUGAUAAAGAAACGAGUAAUAAAAACGCGUGAAGGUAAAAAAGAGAAAGCUACUGAAAUUUUGACAGUAGAAGAGGCAGGGAAAUCUCCACAGACAACUGUAACAAUUACAGAAUCAGAAAUUCCUGAAGAAUAUGUAAAAGAAAUUCCAAGUCCAGAAUUGUCACAGGUAAAAUACAUAGAAGAGCUUCCUGAAGAAGUAACUGUUACUGAAACUGUUACACUUGAAGGCAAGCCAAAGAAAAUUUUACAAAAAAAGAGAGUUAUCAAAAAACCUAAAGGUACAAAAGAUGAAAUAAUAGAAAUAGUUACUACUGAAGAGGAAGGAAAAACUCCUGAAACCAUUGUAAAUGUAGAAGAAAUUGAUUUAGUUGAACCGGUUCCUCAUAAACUGAAACAAAAGGUUAUAAAGAAAAAGCCUAAGGAAAAACUCAAACCUGAUGAACAAACUCCGACUGAUCAAAAACCAGAAUUAAGAAGUAAGUUGAGAAGAGAAGUAUCUAUUCUGAUGCCAAUUGAACAUAAAGAAAUUAAACCUCAAAAACCUAAAAUAGUCGAAACGAAAGAUAUUUCUCAAUUAGCCGAUGUUAAGCUUAGAAAACCAAAAAUUCCACAAAAGAAAAAAGAUGUUACAAAGUUCCCGAAAUUUUUACUUAAAAGCCGAAUUUGUCACAUUGACUUCCCCCCUAUAAGUGAACAAGAACAGUUACCAAGAAUAUCAAUUCUUGAACCAAUUUACAGAUAUAAUGGAGUGCUGUCAAGAAAUGUUGAGGAAGCUAAAAAGAUUCCAAAAACGAAGAGAAGAAGAUUAAGGGAUAAAGAUUUAAAUUUGAAAGAUUUAGAAAAACUAGAUUUGGAAUUUGACGAGUUAAAGAAAAAGGAACUGGAACAAGUUGACGAUGGGUUCAAAUUUGAAAAACAACCCAGGAAAAAAUCCGUUGCGAAAGAUGAACUCAAAGAUAUACGACCUGGAAAAGGCAAGCUUCUACCGCCAGAAGAUGAAGACGAAAUAGUCAAACUUAAAGCUAUUCCAAAGAAAUUGAAAGAGGAAGUUGAUAAACCUGAGAAGAAGGAAAAAGAAAAGAAACCUAGUGAAUCUAAAAAGAUUCCAAGAAAACCAGAGGAUGAAGUAGACAAGUUGGACUUUAAACCAUAUGAUAUUGACCGAGAGUCUCCAGAAAAAAUUGAAUAUGAACCUACCGUACCCGAAGACGAAGAUAAAAAAUUACCAGAAAAUAAAGAAGUAAGACCACCAAAGAAAAAGAAGAGUAAACGUUUGCCUGAAGUCGAAACAAGUGAAAUUGAAAUUGGAAAACCAAAGCCCACACCUUCAGAAGAACAGCCAGAAAUCAAUUUGCAGUACAAACAAAAACCUAAGCCGGAAGAACCGCCAGAGGAUAUUACGCUUAAACCAUUUAAACGGGACAAGUCAACUGAAAAAAUGGAACCAGAAAUUACUUCCGACUUGAAACUGUCACAAAUACCUUCGACAACAGGCGAUGAAGAUGAAUUUGAAUAUACGCCUAAAACUGAAGAAACAAAGAAAAAGAAGAUUAUUAAAAAAAUAAAGCCUAAACAUCCCGAUUCUGAUGCAUUGCAUGUUACUGAAGAGCAAGUAAGUGAAAUAUUCCAAGGUGAGCUACCACAAGUCAUUGAUAUUCCAUAUGAUUCAACGAAGGAAACUGCUGAAUUGCCUACAAAUGAAUACAGACCAGAAGAACCUAGAGAUACGAGUGAUAAUGACGCCAAGAAAAUCAAAAAGAAAAUUGUCGUAAAGAAGAAAGUGCCUAAAGAAAAACUUGAUGUAGGAGAUAAAGAAGAAAUAUUACAGGAAGAAGAAAAGCCGUUGUCUGAACCUAUUGAAGAAGAUACUGAAAGUCCACUACAGACAGAAGUUACUACUGAUGAAGCACCUGUUGAACCACAACUUCCAGAGACUACACCUAAAGAAGAUACUGUGGAACUGGCACAAAUUAAGUUAAAGAAACCAAGAGCUCCAGCAAGAAAAACAGAAAAAUCUAAAAUGCCUAAAUUUUUGUUGAAAAGUAGAAUUAAUAUUGUUCCUUUCCCACCGGAAUCUGAAACAGAAAGAAUUCCUAAAAUAACUGACCUUCCAUCGGUUUGCCGCGAUAAAGGAGUGCUAUCUAGAAAUAUUAAAGAUGCAGAAAAAUUGCCAAAAAAGAAACGUAUAAGCAUAAAACAUAUUGAAAGAGAUAUUAAGGAUCUUGAAAAAUUAGACUUUGAAGUUGAUGACCUAAAGAAGCAAGGGCUAGAAAAAAUUGACGACGAAUAUAAAAGCUUCAAGCCGCAGAAAAAGAAAAUUGAACAACCGGAGGACGAUAAAAAACUUAAGAUUGGAAAGGGAAAACUUCCAGAAAAACCUGAGGACGAUGAGACUAUUAGUCUAAAAAAAAUACCGAAAAAACAAGAGGACAAAAUUGUAAAAGUCAAAGACAACGUUCCCAAGACUGAAGAUGUUGUAAAAACUGCACCUGAUGUGGAAGAAGGAGAAACUCCUGCAAUGAAACCUUUUGAACCAUAUGAUAUUGAAAGAGAAUCGCCCAUAAAAGAAAAAUAUGAACCUGGGCAACCUGAAAGCACAGAAGUAGAACCUGAAAUGCAAAAAGCUCCUGAGAAAAUUAAAAAGAAGAAGACAAAACCUGUUCCUGAAACAAUUGAAAGUUCGUUACAAAAAGGAGUACCAAAAGAAAAAGCACCAGAGGAACAACCUGAAAUAAAACUAAAAUAUAAGCAGAAGGAUAAACCAGACGAAUUACCAGAGGAAAUUUUACUUAAACCGUUUAAAAAGUCUGAUGAAAAAGAAGAACUAAUUGCAACGGAGUACUCGCCUAUGAAACAUACGGCAAUUCCUGUUGGAGAUUUCGAAUUAGAAGAACCUGAGAAAACUCCAACCAUAUCAAAAAAGAAAAUAAAAAGGGUCAAAAUCCCCAAGAGCAAUGUGAAAGAAGAAACUCCUAGUGAGGAAUUACAAGAUUUAGAAGAAACACAAUAUGAAACUGUUCCAACUGAAAUACUAGAAGAUGAAAAGGACCAAUCUAUUCCAGAAACGAUAAGUGAGAUGAAACCAUCAGAAGAAUUUAUAGAACCUUUAACUGUCAAACAAAUUGAAGAAUAUGAAACAAAAAGAAUUAUUAAGAAAAAAAUAAAGAAACCUAAGAAAACUGAAAAACAGGAGGAAGAAACUCCGUUAGAGCAAGCAACAAAACCAGUUUUAAUGAAGAUUAAACGUAUUACAGCUGCUAAACCACAAACACCUCUUAUUAUGGAGGUAAAGCCAGAGUUUGCUGAAAUAAAACUAAAGAAAUCAAGACCAAUUGGAAAGAAAAAAGAAACAGAUGUAACACUACCCAAAAUAUUAUUAAAAAGUAGACUGCAGAGAUUAGAUUUCCCUCCAAUCUCAGAAAAGGAACAAAGACCUAUAGUUACUGUUUUAGAACCCGUACAUAAAGAUAAUGGAAUUUUAUCUAGGAAUAUUGAAGAGGCCGAAAAAGUAAAACCAAAACGUAAGAAAAUCUCUAAGAAGAUUAAAGACUUGGAAAAGUUAGAUCAGGAAUUAGAAGAUCUUAAGAAGGAAGCUCCUGAAAAAGUUGAUGAUGAGUACAGAAAGAGACCUAAAAAGUCAAAGAAAGAUAAACCUGUAUUAAUGAAAAUUGUAAAUGUGGAAAUAAUAGCACAGAAACCAAAAAUUAUAAAUAUAGAUAAACCAGACGCGAUAAAUCUUGCCGAUGUAAAACUUAAAAAACCGAAAAUACCAACUAAAAAGGAAAUUGAAAGUGUCAAAGUUCCUAAAUUUAAACUGAAAAGCCGAAUUGUUCAUAUGGAUUUCCCACCUUUAUCAGAAAUAUUGCAAAAACUUAAGAUCACUGAUUUGGGAGCUAAGAGAGACAACGGCAUUAUUUCUAGAAAUGUAGAGGAAGCUGAAAAAAUAAAAAAGAUCAAACGUAAAAAACUUAAAGAUAUAGAAAAGGAAACGCCUGAAUUAGAAAAACUUGAUAAGGAAUUUGAAGAACUAAAGAAAAAAGAACCAGAAAAAGUUGAUGAAGCAUUUAAAUACGAAAAGAAACCUAAGAAACCGCUUGAAGUGGAAGAUGUUACACCUAUAUCCUUAAAAAUGGGAAAAGGAAAAAUCCCUGAUAAUGUAGAUCAAGAAGAAACAGUAACGUUAAAGAAAACUCCCCAAAAACCAACUGAAAUAGUGUUGGAGGAAGAACAUAAAAUUAAACCAAAACCUGAAAAUAAGAAAAAAACAACUAAAGACAAACCCUCUGAAGAGAUCGAUAAACUGAAAUUUGAACCUUUUGAUAUUGAUCAUGACGAACCUGAAAAAUUGGAACCUGAGCACUUUGAUUCCGAAAAAGAAGACAAAGAUCAACCUAAAAAACCUAAAACAAAAUUAGUGAAAAAGAAAAAGGAAAAGCCAGUCCCUGAAACCAUUGAAAUACCAAUUAAAAAGGGUGUUCCAAAGCAACCUAUACCCGAGACCGAAGAGGAAAUUAAACUUAAGAAACUUCAAAAAGAAAAACCUGAAGAGGAACCCGAACAAAUUUCAUUAAAGCCAUUCGAAAAACCUGAUGAGGAAAUAGAAGUGCAUAAAGUCAAAAUUGAAGGUCCUGAAAUGCCUACACAAAAAACGGAGGAUAUCAAACCGGACUCAGAUGAAAUAGAUUUGGACAGAAAAAGAAAAGUUACCAAGAAGAUUCAUAAGAAAAAACCUGAAUCAGUACAGGAUGAAAAAGAAAAUAUUGAACCCGCUUCUGCUGAAGAAGAAGUACCUACACAACCGGAUAUAAAAGAACAGCCUAAAAAGCCGAAACCCAAAGUAAUACGGAAAGAAAAACCAAAAUCAGUAAAGCUCCCUAAACUUAAAAGCAGAAUUAGAUAUAUUGAUUUUCCACCCCUCGAGGAGGCUGAAACAAAACCUAAAAUUACUGAUUUAAAACCUGUCGUGAAGGACAAUGGAGUAAUUUCACGAAAUGUAGAAGAAGCCGAAAAAAUUAAAAAGAUCAAACGUAAGAAACUCAAAGAUAUAGAAAAGGAAACGCCUGAGUUAGAAAAACUUGAUAAGGAAUUUGAAGAACUAAAGAAAAAAGAACCAGAAAAAGUUGAUGAAGCAUUUAAAUAUGAAAAGAAACCUAAGAAACCGCUUGAAGUGGAAGAUGUUACACCUAUAUCCUUAAAAAUGGGAAAAGGAAAAAUCCCUGAUAAUGUAGAUCAAGAAGAAACAGUAACGUUGAAGAAAACUCCCCAAAAACCUACUGAAAUAGUGUUGGAGGAAGAACAUAAAGUUAAACCAAAACCUGAAAGUAAGGAAAAACCAACUGAAGACAAACCCAUUGAAGAGACCGAUAAUCUCAAAUUUGAACCUUUUGAUAUUGAUCAUGACGAGCCUGAAAAAUUGGAACCUGAUCACUUUGAUUCUGAAAAAGAAGACACAGAUCAACCUAGAAAACCUAAAACAAAAUUAGUGAAGAAGAAAAAGGAAAAGCCAGUGCCUGAAACCGUUGAAAUACCAAUUAAAAAGGGUAUUCCAAAACCGCCUAUACCUGAGACUGAAGAGGAAAUUAAACUUAAGAAACUUCAAAGAGAAAAACCUGAAGAGGAACCCGAACAAAUUUCAUUAAAACCAUUCAAAAAACCUGAUGAGGCAAUAGAAGUUCAUAAAGUCAAAAUUGAAGGCCCUGAAUUGCCUACACAAAAAACGGAGGAUAUCAAACCGGACUCAGAUGAAAUAGAUUUGGACAGAAAAAGAAAAGUUACCAAGAAAAUUCAUAAGAAAAAACCUGAAACACCAGUGCAGGAAGAAAAAGAAAAUAUUGAACCCGCUUCUGCUGAAGAAGAAGUACCUACACAACCGGAUAUAAAAGAAGAGCCGAAACCCAAAGUAAUAAGAAAGAAAGAAAAGCCAAAACCGGAAUCCGCUCAAACAGAACUGGAGGAAGAGAUUCCAAAGAAAUUAGAAGAAGAUGAAGUUCCGGAAGAGGUCUUAGAGGAAAAGCCUUCCGAAUCAGAAAUUCUUAAACCAACUGAAAGGCCGUCCUUGAAAGAAGAUGAGUUCAAAACCGAGGAAGAAACAUCAGAGAAACCUAAAAAAUUAGAAGACGUCGAACAAACUACUAUUAAGAUUAAAAAGAAGAUUCCAAAGAAACCAGAAAAAGAGGUCAAAACACCCAAAUUUAAACUGAAAAGUAGAAUUGUGUACGUCGACUUCCCAUCAGACUCAGAAAAAUCGCAAUUGGUACAGAUUUCAAAUAUAGAUGCAACAAAAGAUAAUGGAGUAAUUUCAAGAAAUAUUGAAGAUGCGGAAAAAAUAAAAACAAAAAAACGUAAACCCAAAGACUUAAAAAAAGAUCUGAAAGAUUUAGAAAAAUUGGAUUUAGAAUUUGAGGAGCUUAAGAAGAAGGAACCAGAAAAGGUAGACGAGGCAUAUAAAUAUGAAAAGAAACCUAAAGAAAAACUUAAACAAGUUGAAGAUGUAAGUCUUGCUAUUAAAAAACCAGUUCCUGUAGAGGAAGUUAAGCCAGAAGAAGAAGUUCCUAAAAAACCAGAUGUACCAAAAACCGUUAAAAAGAAAAUUCCUCAGAAAGAAGAAAAACCAGUUAAAAUGCCUAAAUUUAAACUUAAAAGUAGAAUUGUUUAUAUUGAUUUUCCAUCUGGUACCGAAAUUUUGCAAAUACCACAAGUAAUAAAUAUAGAUGCAAUGAAAGAUAAUGGAGUGAUUUCUAGGAACAUAAAAGAAGCGCAGAAAAAAAUAAAGACUAAGGUUCGAAAACUGAAAGAUACAGGAAAGGAACUUGAAGAUUUAGAAAAGUUAGAUAUGGAAUUUGAAGAGCUUAAGAAAAAGGAACCUGAAAAAGUCGACGAAGCUUACAAAUAUGAAAAGAAACCCAAAGAGAAGCAGGAGCCAACGGAAGAAGUAACUAUUCCCCUAAAAAUUGGAAAAGGCAAGAUUCCAGAAAAAUCUGAAACAGAAGAUACAAUACAGUUGAAAAAACGUCCCGAAAAAAGAGAUGAGGAAAUACCAGACGAUGUUGCUAAAGAAAAAAUAUUUAAAGUAGAUGAAAAAGAAACUAAAGAAAUAGUUGCAAAAGAUGAUGUCAAGGUAGCACCAUUUGAACCAUUUGAUAUUGAUCGCGAUGAACCUGAAAAAUUAGAAUUAGAAAUGCCAGAAUAUGAUAAACCGGAUAAGGAAAAACCUACAAAAGAAAAAGGAAAAUACAAACCCAAAGAUAAACAGAAACCAGCACCGGAAACUAUCGAAACACCUAUAGAAAAAGGUUUACCGAAAUCAAGUGAACAAGAACCAGAGGAGCAAAAAACAUUCAAAACUGUGCAAAAGGAUAAACCAGAAACAGAACCCGAGAAUAUAACAUUAAAACCAUUUGAUAAACCUAAAGACGAAGAAGAACAAAAUACAUAUGAAACAGAGAAGCCUGAAAAACCUGUAGCACAAUUAAAAGAAAUUCCACAAGCUCAAGAUGAAGCACCGGAAAAAAGAAAACUGAAAAAGAAGAUACCAAAGAAAGACGAAGCAAAAGAAGAGAUCCCAGAAAAGCCAACCGAUGAAGAACAAGUUCCAGUAGCUGAAUUAUCAGAAACAAUUGUUUUGAAAAAGAAGUCAAAAGUACCCGAAGAACCAUUAGAUGUGGAAGUUAAAAUGUUAAAGAAACAACCAUCUACUGAAGAUCAAACUGAAGUAGAAACGGAGACGAUAAUUAUUAAGAAGCAAAAACCUAAGAAGGAGCCAGAAGAGGCUAUAGAAGCAGAAUUAAUAGUAAGACCAGAUACUACUGAAAUAGUUACAGAUACUACUGAAGUAGUUAUCAAAAAGAAAUCUAAGAAACCAAAACCAGAGGACAAAACUGAAGAAAAAUUAGAGCUAGAAAUUCCAGAAGAAAGAGAAAGCCCCGUUGCAAUCUCUGAAGAAGAAAUUAAAGAAGAAACUACUCCAGUGAAAGAGGAAUUACCAGAAGAUGUAGAGGACAAACAAGUCGAGAAGCCGUUAAAGAAAAAGAAACCUAAAACAGAAGAGAAGAAAGCUGAGCAAAUUCCAGAAACUAUUGAUGAAGCACCUGUGCCAACUGAAGAAAAAGAUACCAUCCAAGUAGUUAUUAAACGUAAAGCACCGGUGGUAAAGGAAGACGUAGAAGAAAUAAUAAAAUUACCAAAACAACCAUCUGAAGAACAAAGUGAAGUGAAAAUUGAUACAGUUAUCAAGCCGAAAGAAAACCUUCCCGAUGUUAAACAACAAGGUGAAGAUGUAGAAGCAGAAUUUACCGUUCUUCAAAAAGAACCAAUCGAAGAAACAGAACAAGUUCCACCUGAAGAAGUUAUAGAAAAAGUAGUAAUUAAAAAGAGAAAAGACAAGAAACCUAAACCAGAUACUGAAACAGAGGCUGAGGUUUCAUUUACUUUGGAAAAAGACAAACCUACUGACGAUGAGAACGCCUAUUCUACUGAGGAAAUUGCUGUAAAAGUAAAACCUCAAAAACCAAAGAAAGAUGCAAGCGAUGAAGGAACAGCUGAGCUAAUUAUAAAGAAAGAAAUACUUCCACAAGCGGAGGAAACUGAUGAGAAGUUACCCAAACCAAUAGAAGAAUCAGAAGAAAAAACAGAAUUUACUGAACAACCUGAAGAAGCAUUAAAAUCGCCAACAGAGGAACUAGAAAAUAUUACUAUUAAGAAACCUAAAAAGGCGGCCAAAACUCCUGAAGAAGAUGAUACUAAAAUUACUAUAGCAAAACUUGUUCCGAAAGUGGACACAUCUGAUGAUGAUAUUAAAGUAACAAUUAAGCCAACACCAAAAGACGAAACUCAAGAAGCUAUAGUUAAAGAUAAGGUCCCAAAAACUAAAGAAGAUGAAGGGGACGAUGAAAUUACCAUUAAGAAAAUUGUGCCCAUCACAAAAGAUGAAGAAAUUGAGAAAGAAGAAGUAAAACCUCCACUAGAAGAUCAAUCACAGGAACCAUUUAUAGAGAAACCAGAAAAGGAAACCAUACCCAAGGAAAAAACUGAAGAUGAGAUUGAAGUAACAGUUAAACCUACCCCAAAUGAUGCAGCCGAAGAAACCUUUAUUAAGAGGGAUAAUAAAGAUAUACCACAAGAUGAGGAGAGUGCGGAAGUUACAGUGAAAAAGAUCGUACCUAUUACGAAAGAAGAAGAAGAAAUAGAUACCGAAAUUAAAUCCAAACCACCAUCAGAUGACGAGACAAAAAUAACCAUAAAGAAGCCCAAAAAGAAAAGUCAAGCUCCAGAUGAAGCCGAAACUGAACUUACAGUGAAAAAACUCGUACCUUACGACACAGAAACGUCUGAAAUAGAGACUGAAGCAGCAUUUAAACUUCCACCUGAAGAUGAAACUGAAGGAACUUUCAUUAAAAAAACUGAUAAAGGUAUUCCUAAGAACGAAGAAAAUGUAGAAAUUACAGUCAAGAAAAUAAUGCCUAUUUCUAAAAUAGAACCUGAGGAUGAGGACAAUGAGGAAACAGAAGUAGUUAUUAAGAAACCCAAACCAGAGGAAAAAGAAGUCUCUGAACAAGACACUGAAAUAUCAAUGAAGCCUUCACUACCUAAGGAACCUGUGGAAGAAUCAGAAGAAAUUCAAAUAAAAAAGAAACCUAAAAAACAAGAAGAUGAAGCAGAUGAUGAAGUUACAGUACAAAAAUAUGUGCCGAUUCCAGGAGAAUCUGAUGAAGACAAUGAAGCGGUAUUCAAGGGAAAGCUACCUAAAGAAGUCGAUGAAACUGAAUCUGAGGAAACUAUAAAACCAGUAGAGCAAAGUGAUGAUACAGCCGAAUUUAAAUUGAAGAAAAAACCGACCAAAACACCCUCUACUGACGAACAUUCCGAAGAAAUUACCAUAAAAAAAUUGCGUCCUGUAAGGAAACCAUCCGAGCCAGAAAUACCAGAAUAUACUGAAGUAGAAACGGUUACAUUCAGACCUAGAACGACAAAAACCAAGGAAAAUGUUGAACAAGAGUUUAGAAUAUCCCUAGAUUCAUAUGCUGAAGAAGAGAUUUCUAUGUCAACAAAAGUAAAAUUGAAGAAACAAAAACCACUUACUUACUCUGAGGAAACUGCUGAGGACACAGUUAAAGUAACACAAGAAAUUGAAGACCAAGGUCCGGUUAUUGAGGAAAUUAUAGACGAAGGAAGCGAUGCUGAAGAUAUAUCCCCAGACGAAAUAUCGGGAAGUUUCCACGUUGCGUUCAAGAGAAAACCUUCGCGAAAAUAUUCCGUGUUUGAAGAAGAUGAAGCAGAAAUUAGUCUAAAGAAACCUACUGAACAAGUUGAUUUCGAAGAACAGACUGUUACUUUGAAACCUAAAAGGAAAGCAUCUGUGCCAUCAUUCGAUCAAGAAGCAGUUACGUUAAGCAUAACCAAAGAAAAGGAGAUUUUCGACGACGAAUUCGAGGUAAUACAUGAGGGUGACAUAGAAAAAGGUGAUGUCUUCUAUUCAAUAAGUUUCUAUGAUGCCGAAGCUGAUCAGGCUAUAGAUCUAGUUGAAGGUGAAAAGGUAUACGUGGUUGAAACCCACAGUGCCGACUGGUGGUUUGUCAAGAAACAUCUAACAGAAGAAAGCGGAUGGGUUCCGGCGAAAAUUCUUAUGGAUGAAACACAGUAUGUUAAAUACGUCCAAAGAAAAUUAAACGAAAAGAUUGACAAACUUCCAGUGUUUGAAAAGCCAAAAUCUCAAGAGACUGCAAGGGCACCAAGAUUUAUUGAAAAGUUGAAACCAAUAACUACUCCUGAUGGGUAUACGGUACAAUUUGAAUGCCGCGUGGAGGGAUUCCCAAGACCCCAAAUUACUUGGUUCAGACAAACACAUAUUAUUAAAGAAUCUAUAGAUUUUCAGAUGUUUUAUGAUGAAGACAAUACUGCGACACUUAUCAUUAAGGAAGUUUUUCCAGAAGAUGCUGGAACAUUCACCUGCGUGGCAAAGAAUUCAGCAGGUUUCGCAUCAAGUACGACUGAACUAACAGUAGAAUAUCCUCUUUCCUCUCAUGGAUCUGAUUUAACAUCAAUUUCAAGAAAAAGCUUAUCCAGAACAUCAUCCCUAGCAGAUAUUUUAGAAGGAGUUCCCCCAAUAUUUUCUAAGAAACCUCUGUCCCAGUCUAUACCCGAGGAAUCGGACCUAGAAAUUGAAAGCUCUUUAAUAGCCAUUCCAGAACCAGACAUAAAAUGGUAUCGCAACGGAAAACGUAUUUCUUCGAAAGGUAACGUAUCAAUAGUUUCAACAUCCGAAACACAUAUAUACACAACGAUUCUGAAGAUAACAAAAAUCGAAAGAAAACAAGAAGGUAGAUACCGAAUUGUAGCUAAAAAUAGAGAGGGACAAUCAUCGGUUGAAUUUACAUUAAAGGUAUUAACGAAUAAGAAAGAGCCACCAGAAAUUUUGGAACCACUACGGUCGAUUACCGUAAGAAAAACAGAAGAAAUAACACUCAGCACCACGAUUGUUGGUAAUCCAGAACCUACAAUUAAAUGGUUUAAGGACGAUAAGCCACUAUCUAAUGCAUUGCUAGCUAAAUAUGGAAACACGUAUUCUUUAAAGAUAAGACGUGCUGAAUUAAGUGAUUCCGCAGAAUAUACGGUUAAAGCAACUAAUCCUCUUGGAACUGCAGAAACCACGUCGAAAUUGACAGUCGAGGAGUUCCCUGAAAACUUGGAACCACCCAUGUUCGUAAAACGAUUUGAAGAGCAAAACAUACCCGAAAAAAGUCCUUUGGUGCUCAGAGCAAAAGUUACUGGAAAUCCUAUCCCCGAAGUGACUUGGCUUCGCAAUAAUGAACCUUUGGAACCCUCGGAUCGUCUAAGAAUUUUAUACGACGGUGAAAAUAUAGAACUGUCUAUUAAGGAAACCAAUUCCGAAUUUGAUUCUGGAGAUUAUAAAUGCAUUGCUGUCAAUUCUAUGGGUAAAGCGUCACAUGGCGCAAGGAUCUCCGUCGAAGUAGACACGGUUAAAUUUACAAAGAAACUUAAGAAAUUGUAUGAAUCGUCAGAAAGGGACACCCUCGAACUAGAAUGUGAAACGUCUCAUUCCGUCCGUACCAAAUGGUGGUUCAAUGACACAGAGAUCAGUGGAAUGGAUCACCGAUUAGUAAUUCAGGAUGGGAGAACCCAUAAACUUGUUAUUAAAAAUAUAUCACUGAAAGAUGAAGGUCACUACAAAUGUACCGUUAAAAAUCAGAAAACCGAGACCACAGUGAAGGUACAACAGCGUAAGCUUGAAUUUGUCAGGAAACUACAAGACUUAGAAAUAACAGAAAAAGACACAGCUAUAUUGGAAGUAGAAAUUACAUCAGAUACCGCCGAGGUAAUUUGGUACAAAGAUGGAAUAGUUUUAGAUGACGACAAUGAUAAAUUUGAAACAGAGAAGGAUAGAGGUGUAAGAAAAUUACUCAUCCGAAGCACUUCCAUCCAUGAUGAAGGUGAAUAUUCGUGUACACUUUUGGAAGAAGAAUGCAAAGCUGAGGUAACUGUAAUCGAACUACCUCCUGAAAUAAUAACUCCACUUCAAGAUAAAACUGUAAUGAAAGGAGAAAAAACAGUAUUUGAAAUAGAACUGUCUAAAGGUGACGCAUUAGCAAGGUGGUACAAAGAUGGUAGAGAAAUUCAAUUUUCAGAACACGUACAAUUGUCUAUUGACGGCAAACGUCAAAAACUAAAGAUUUAUAAUUCUGGACCUGAAGACGAGGGUAUUUAUUCAUGCGAGGUGGGCAACCAAUCAUCGAAAGCUUCCUUAACAGUACAAGUUCCGACGUGUACAUUUAUAAAACCUCUACCAGAAUACACUAUAAUUCCUAUUGAGACUGAUGCUGAAUUCCUCGUGGAGCUAUCUAGAGAAGACGUCGAAGUAACGUGGCUUAGAAAUAAUAGAAAAAUUGAAAGAUCAUCCAGGUAUACGAUAACCGAAGAUCACACGUUCAGAAAAUUAGUAGUUCGCAAAACAACCCGUGAGGACGAAGAUGAGUAUUCUUGUACUGUUGAAAAGUACAAGCUCAAGACUUCCUCAAAACUUAAAAUCGGAGAAAAACCUUCACCGCCUCGAGCUCCCCUUGACGUUUCUGGAAUGUCGGAUACUUCAUUUACACUCCAAUGGCAACCUUCUGAAUUUGAUGGUGGAUCAGACAUCAUUGAAUAUAUAGUAGAAAUAAAAGAAUCCACGUCUAAGAAAGGCUUCAAAAAGAUUGGCGCCACAAAAGGCAAUAUCACUAACAUUUCCGUAAACUACUUGGAAAAGGGACAUGGCUAUAAAUUCCGUAUAACUGCCAGAAAUUCGAUAGGAAUUAGCGACCCCUACCUGCCAGAAGACAUUAUAGUCGCUGGAUCCAGAAUAACGCCUCCUUCACCGCCUAUCAAUCUAAACGUAAAAGACGUAACAAGCAGAAGCGCCACCUUAACGUGGGAACCACCACUGAAUAAUGGCGGAACAGAAAUUACGGGUUACGUUGUUGAAAAGAAACUGGAGUAUGUUCCUAAAUGGGAAAAAGUAUAUACGCUGGAGCCUUUCGUCCUAGAAUACACAUUCGAGAAUCUUAAGGAGAAGAGUGACUAUUUGUUCCGGGUAUCAGCUGAAAAUUCUGUUGGUUUAAGUGCUCCAGCUAUGUCAGAAGUUGUUAAAAUGAGAACUCAUGCUACUGUACCAUCUCCCCCCACGCCACCACUGGAAAUUAGAACCAUAGGACCUAACGCCAUAGUCAUCGAAUGGGGCAUACCUGAAUCAGACGGUGGUGCUCCACUCUUGGGUUACAACAUUGCCAUAAGGGAUACCAAGAAAACAAUGUGGAUGGAAAUCGGCAGGGUGCAAAAAGGCGUACAGAAAUUCACUAUCAGAGACUUACAGGAGGAUCAUGAGUACAUGAUUAGGAUUUUUGCAAAGAAUGAGAUUGGUUUAAGCGAGCCUUUAGAGUCAGACGAGCCGUUCAAGGUGCUUCCUUCUGGAGAAACUGAUCAAGAUGACUUCCGUGAAGUGACUGACAAAGAGCCAACAUCGUACAGCACAGAGACGUCCACUUCGUGGUUGAGAGAUAAUAGCAUGGACGCUGACAUUCAUUCCUAUUCAAAAGGAACGCUCUUAAAGAAAGACGAGUAUUUCUUCCGUAUAUGGUGUUAUGCCACAAAACUAUUUAAGUAAAUACUGUUAUAUAAUAUUUAUUACCGAAAAAAAAAAAGGUAAACUUUUCCUCUAAGUUGUAUAUAUAUUUUGAUUUUAGAGAAAAAUAAUUAUAAGUGUUUUAUACCUGACAUGACUUUUUCACGAUAAUUAGAUUUUUUUAAAAGGUGCGUACUAAAUUUGUGUUAAAAUAAGUACCAAAUUUUGCGAAUUGCGAGCUGUAUAGAAGAAACCAUCCAACAUUUAUUUUGACACAGAUUUAAUAUCAGCUUAUGUACAUAUUAAAAAAAAUGAUGUUUAUAAGGAUACUGUGAUACUGAUUAUGAUUUAUUAUAUGGGUGAGUUGUGUGCCUCACAAACGACUACGAGUUAAAAAUAGUAUCAAUGAAUGACUUUUUGCUAUGCCACAAAUAUCAAACAUAUACGACUUACCAAUUUUUGUUUAAUUUAUGGAUAUUUAAUUGUUUUGCUUUGCUAAAGUUAUUUUUAAAAUAUUGUUAUUCUACAUCUAAGUUUAGGUUGAUGAAAUUACAUAAAGAGAGAAAAAUAUAGGUGCAUAUACAAUAGAAAAUUAUCUAAUUUCAUUAACUUUCAAACUGUAACAUAAUAAUAAACGAAUUUCAAAUAA